GUGGAAUGGUUUCAGAGGCGCGAAAAAUGGCCUCUGGAACUUCGAAUCUUCAUCAUGUCGAUUGCAGCGUAUUGUUUGGCGCAUUUCAUUGUUCUCUCGUAUACUUUUCAUAGAUGCAAAGGAUCUUAAAUUCUUAACGAUGUAUCGCGCGAUAAAAACGAGCUGGUAUAGAUGGCCUACAGGAAUUCCGGCCAGAUUUCUUUUGCCUCGUCUGCAACGUAGCACGUGUUCAUCAUCAACAACAUUUCAUGAGAUCGAGCCGAAUGAAGAACAAAAGAGAUUCAACCCUCUUGAAAUACAAAUGCUGUCUAGUUCACUACACGCUCAAGUGUUCCGUGGCAAAAUGGAUACCUACGAUCCAACGACGAUUAAAAAAUGUCAAGAACAUUUGACAGCACACAGCUUGUGGAAGAAAAGUGGGACGGUCUUACCUGAAGUGGAGUUUGAGCUACCACCCCAGCUGGGCUCAAACAUCGAUGAACACUUUAGAAACAUCGCAGAGCAACAAAGCAGGCCGUAUUUUGAAAAGGCUAAGUUGUUAGCGGAAUUAAGACUUCCUGCAAUACCAAAUGAGUGGUGUUUCUCUCCAGGGUGGACUAAGUAUGUUUAUGACGACAAGGAUCUUGUUACAUCAUCAGUGGAUGUUCCAGAAGAGGAUGCUUUAAUCUUUGACGUUGAAGUUUGUGUUAAUGAAGGUCCUUUUCCUGUUAUUGCUGUAGCAGCAUCACCUACUGCUUGGUAGGUGAUCAACGCAACUGACAGAAUUACCUAAUAGGUUUUUCAGGAUCUGGGAUUGCCAUUUAAUACUUGAAGCUCUGGAUUAGGGAUAUUAUGCGUCAGUCAAUUCCAGCUGUGCCCAACACCCCCGGGCACUAGCAUUUUUUUUGCCUUGGAUGACAAAUCCCUGGGGGUGGGGACUCUUGAGGCGGUCAAAUCCCCCAAGGUGGUAACGAAAAAAGAGGGCAAAUGCCCCAUUCUCCGUCAACACUGCAACCUUUUUCAUUGAUUGCACAGUCGAAUAGUGCUGUUUUAAACAUUUUAAUGCCCCAUUUUUUGUUUCAAGUAACGUCUUCUUUGUAAUAGCACUAGGAUUCUUUAUUAAGACUUCACGUGGCGACGACAUGAACCAGUUUAUGGUUUUAGUAUUGAUAUAAAAUUAUUGACAUUAAAAUUAAUAGAGCACUGUAAAGUUACAUGUUAUGAAUAGUUCUAUAAAUAUGAAAGGAUGUUCUUCAAAAAAUAUCAACAGAAAUUUGAUUCACUAACUAAACAAUGUUGAUUCAGGUCGAUAGCUCCCGAGUUUUGCUAUGUAAUUCUGGCUUGAUAAGCAAUGAAAAAAUGCAUGCAUAAAAUCGAGAACAUGCCUUUACAACCCCCUGUCUUGGACUGAUGAGCCAAUAUGCAUUUUUCCAGUAAUAUCCUCUGUGUAGUUAUAUUCUGAUAUUCACCUCUACACAAACCACGAUGUACAAAUGUGAACCCUCCAUAGCAGUCUUUGUUAGCGGAGGGUUUGAUGUGACAUUGUCUAUUUGUGGGACCAGUUUAAUUAAUUUCUUUAGCACCACUGUUCUAAAAGCGUAGGGGAUGUAGACCCCGAUGUUGUGGUCAACCUUCACUCAUCACAUCAUUCACAUCAUGGGUUGGGUCACUGCCAGGAAAGGGUACAGUAAGCUCACAAAUGGACUGAGAGCGGCUGCCAGUGGCGCCUUUAUAUGCGGACAUCCGAGCUUACUGUUCACAUGUUAAAAUGUAUGGUAAGAGGGCACGUCUGUUGUCCUCUCAUCCACGACUCUUCAUUUCAUUUCAUUUCAUACUCAUGCCUACUCAGGUACAGUUGGGUGAGUCCAAGACUUAUAGAAGACAAGAGUUACCAGUGGUUGGUCCAGCCAACACCUAAGUUAUACAUACCAUUAGAGAUUCCUGACGGACAAGACUGGAGGCAGGUAGAGUGGAAAGAGAGGCUUAUUGUUGGUCAUUCUGUCGGAUAUGACAGAUCCUUUAUAAAAGAGCAGUAUUAUAUUAAGGUAUGAUUGCCUUGGCUGUUAUGUUUUCAAGUGGAUAGGUUUCACUGACUGUUUAACCAUGAACUGCCAGUACCACUUGGACUAUCAAAAGUAUCCAUUAUAGUAAAAGGAAAGUGAAGACAGAAGCAGGAUAAGAGAAUUGCCAUAUACAGGGUUUUCAGUAAGAAUUCUACUAGCAGAAGAAAGGUGUAAUUUUGCAGGAGAAUAUUUUGAAAGAGGCUCCCAUGUGUGAAUAAAAAAUAGUGUGAGGCUACCAAACGUAGCCCGAGAAUUCUGCGUAGUUAGCGGAGACUUCUCCGAUCUCCGGUGCCUAAUGAACACCCUGCAUAUAUUGCCUUGUAAUUAGUAUAACAUACAAAAUGACCCUUUUUUGCCCUUUCAAUUCAUUCCCAGAAUGAAUAAUUAGUAUUGUCGCAUCACAAUAAGUUUUUGUUACAAUAUUGUUUAAACUUAUGAAAUAUCUUAAAUUAGCAUACCUAAGCCUUUGUAAGUUUGGAGCAUGGUUAUUAACGGCAGAAUCCUCUUUAAUUUGUGCAGGACUGUAGAUUUUGGUUUAAGCAAGCUGGGUUCACUCACUUUAAGUGGAUGUGUUGUCAAUCACAUUUCCAGUUCCUUUUUAAUUUGCCUAUUUCAGGGACCAAAGACAUAUUUUCUGGAUACUCUGAGUCUUCACAUGUGCAUUGCAGGCUUCACAAGUCUGCAGCGCAACCUUUGGGAGUCGGCAAAUGCUGGUCGCAUUGGAAAAGUACCAUGGAUGUUGGGUGGCUCAGGCAAUAAACUGCAGGACCUUCAGUCUCUUUAUUGUGGGAAAGAUGAUUUAGACAAGUCAAUGGUGAAAAUAUUUGUGGAAGGGACGCUCGAUGAUGUUCGAGAACAUUUCCAGGUAUAAAGAAAAAAAAAGGAAAUUAAAUAAGGUUCUUUAAAAGUAGAAUAUGAAAAAUUAAAUGUUGGCAUAUAUUGGUUUCAUGUCACUGGACUUAGUUUCUGUAAGUCGUACAUCAAAACUUCUACUUAAAUUUUAUUUUCUCAGUCAAUCUUUACUUAAAACACUUAUAUUACUAACACGUCAUGUAAUCUUCUGAUGCUGAUCAGCAACAUUUCUCCUGUUGUUGACAGUUAAUUUAUUGAUCUCUUGUGCAAUAUUUCCCAGCAUACUACAGUUUCCUAAAAUAAAGCUAUUGAUGAAACCAACGCUCUGUUUUGGGCUCUUUAAGUGAUUUAUCUUUGGCUAAUUAUUUUUUUCAAAAGGAGUUGGUAACAUAUUGUGCUAAGGAUACAGCUGCAACUCAGGAGGUAUUUGCUGCCCUUUGGCCCAAGUUCCUGGAUAGGUUUCCUCACCCUGUGUCUUUUGCUGGGAUGUUAGAAAUGGGAUCAGCAUAUCUUCCCGUCAAUCACUCUUGGGAAAAUUACAUCAGGGAUGCUGACAAUACCUAUGAUGACUUAGAAAAUGAGAUGAAGCGCUCACUGAUGAAACUGGCAGAUGAUACUUGCAAUUAUCUUCAUGGAAAAAGGUUUGGAAAGAGUUGGCCCGUAUUAGAUAAUCCAAGACAGUCUUGAAUUCUGAAUUCCACGCCAUGGAUUCCAGAUUCAAACUACUGGAUUCUGAAUUCCUUGUCAGUGGAAUUUGGAUUCUGGAUUCCAAUUGUUAGCAGGUUUCUGGACUCCUAGAGCUGAAUCAUGGAUUCCAAAGCCCAUGACUCUGGAUUCUACGAGCAAAAAUUUGUUGUAUUCCAGAAUCUGAAUUACCUUACAUGGAGUGAAAAGAGUUAUAAUCAUUGUUUUUAAUCCUGCAUUUAUUGGUAUUGUCUUCAUAAUACUUCCACGUUAGAUACCUGCCCCUGUUGGGGGUUGCAAUGUAUGCAUUAUUGAACAAGUGCUUGGUCUGGAUACAAAUAUUUAUGGACUGAGAAGAAGUCAAGGACACAAGCUUUGUCAAUAAAGGAUUUAUUAUGUGGUCAGAAACAAUCUUUUCCUAGUGGGACCAUUGGGAAAAUCCCGGGUGGCCAAGACGAGCCCGUUUUGCUCGCUUGUGUAGCCAAUCGGAACACAAGAUUUGCUUGAUCUUGCCCACAAAAAAUUUUAUAUGCUGAGAGCAUAAACUGCCGCUUAUAAACCCUGGUCUUAUACAUCUACAUAAGGGGUAUUAGGAGGGCUUUUACAUGGAGGGGCUUAUAUCCGAAGAGGCUCAUGACCAAAGUAGAAAAAUUGCUUCUAAACAGGUUAUAGCGUCCUGAUCAACAUGCCUUUUGCAUUUAUUGGUUUUAAAUUAAUAUUCAAAACGUCCUUAUAAAUCUAAUUCCUUUUUGUUCAUGGUUAGGUAAGCCUAUAACAGGGUGUGUGGGCGUGGGUGUGGGUGUGGGGGGUUAUAAGUGGUUGAGCUUAUAAGCAGCAAUUUAGGGUAUUUAUGCAGCACAUUCCUGUUCUUUAAAUUUGGUUAGGUAUGCAGAGGAUGCAUGGCUCUGGGAAUUAGACUGGUCAGUACAAGAAAUAAGAACCAAAAAACUGAAACAGCCAAAGAAGAAAAGGCAAUCCAAGGCUGAAAAAAACACUACUAAUGUUAUCAGAGCUGUUGAAGAAACGUCUGGCUUGUUUUCUGAAGAUGAAUUGAUCGAUGAUAACAAUGUGGAGGUAAUUGAAGGAUUAAAGAGCUCCACUGAUAUGAUAGCUACCGUUCCUCCAGCUGUGGAUGUGAUGUACAAGAGACGACAGAACUUGCCAGGUUAUCCUAAGUAAGUGAAUUAUUGUUGUUGUUGCUGCUGUUUUUUAUUUCUUUCAAUUUUUAAUACUCCAUUUUACAAUCCCGACAAUGCACAAUUUAAAAGGGCGGGCUUUUAGGGAGAGGGAAAACUGGAGAACACGAGGAAAAUUCUCUCGGAGUAAGGGAGAGAACCAACAACAAACUCAACCCACAUUAGGGAACUUAUUAAAGACACCCAAGAAGGCAACGGUAACGAAGACGUCUUUGAAUUCUUUAAACAUUAAAGGACCGUAAGUAAGUUCGAAAAAAGAAACAGAGAAAAUCGUCUUCUUGUUGUUUAAAACGUGAAAUGUGGAAGUUUCACGUCGUAGUCGUACAGUGACUGCAAAGAAAUAUAGGCAAAAAAUUAUGAUGCACGUGUAGAGUUGUCGAUUCACAACAACGGGAUGAUUGGCAACGACGAUUUUCAGUCAAUCAAUCACUCAAUCGACCAAUCAAUCAUUAUUUAAACACGUGACAACAACAGAGCGUUGCAAGUAUUGUUGCGACCUUGUUUUUUGUAAAUCGUCUUGUGUAACCCACAUCGGCGUCAAACCUAUUGCUUUAAUGACGUUCCCGUUGCUUUCGCCGUCCUUGGAUCUUAAAAGGGACCUUACCAAAAUACAACGACGACGGCAAAAAGAACGUCAAAAAAGCAAUAGGUUCAAUGCAAAACAACAACUCUGCACGUACAUCACGCUUUUUUGUACAUUUCUUUGCUGUACCUGCACAACUACGACGUGAAAUGACCAAAAUUUUAAGUUUCCUUGAGAACGGGAACGGCAAGGCGAUAAAAUUCUACAAUCCUUAUCUGAACUCGGGCGCGGUCCUCUCUUUCAGCUCCGACCAAAAUUCCCUUCUUUUAAGUGACAGAGAGAAUUGGGAUAAUCGCGAAAAAGUUUCAAUGGAUGCGAAGUCUAUUUUUCAGUGACGUUUUCAUGGACGUCGUCGUUAUCGGAUCGUAAGGUCCCUAAAGUCUCCAUAGGCGCGGUUAGACUAGACCUUUUUCCCAUAGCUCCCCUUGGGGAAAUAGCUUGGGUUGGUUUCGCUCUGGGUCAUGAUCGCUUUCAUGUUUGAGGUUACACAGCGGUGAAAAAACUUGAACCCGGUUUCACGGGAAACUUCGUAAACAUUGAAGGCGGACAUAAAUCGUAAACCGUAACGGUUUCGACCAUUUUAAAUUUUACUCUUGUAAUAAAAUCUCCACGUAAAUUAAGCUUAGCAAGAGCGAUUCAGCCCUUAAUUUUGAAACUACUGAAAAACGAAGACGUCGACUACAUUCUCGCUUAAAAGAGGCAAAUUCUUGCUCAAAAGUCAAAAGUACGGGUUUAAAAAAAUGGUUGCAACGACUUCAUAAGGAAAGAAUUUUUGAACACUUGCGAAUGUUCAGGGUGCUUUUGAAUUUAUCAAAAGUUAAUUAUUCACAGCUGUGCUCAAACUCCUGCUAAGUUUCCAAAUGUUGAGUCCAGUUUCGCCUAGGAUUUGGCGCCAAGACGAACUCGGCACCUUCACGUAAACAACACGUGAUUUUUACUGUUUGGUACAUUUCACUUUCUUGUGAUUGGUUGAGCCGCUUUGGGUUCUUAUUAACUGGCCAUAUAACUUUAAUGCCUCGGAAACUGACGUGAGUAAUUCUUUUGUUCUUUUUGACGUAUCCAUGGAAAUUUCCCCGAAGUAAUUUCACCUUGGUGAAAUCAGUCACACUCAAAAAGUUGCUUUCCCAUGGGCAACAGCCAUUAGUCCAUGGGUAAAAUGGCUAGUGUAACCGUACCUAUUAUGGCGUCGACGUUGAGACUUGGGCCACAAUGGAGGCAAGCAAGUGCUCUCUCCACGAGGUCGACCUUGAUCCAAUAGAAACCAUGGAACAAACACAUCUCGCACAUGCGCAAUUCAUGACGUAUCUCCUUUAUUACUUUAACUUCAUUUUCUGCGAAGGUGUUUUCCACAAACAAUGCAAACAAAACACAUUUUUCGACCUUAUUUUUAGGUGGUACCGAUCUCUGUGUAUUGGACCAUCGGACAAAGAAGAGUGGAAGGAAGGGCCUGUAAACAUCAGCCCACAGUGUCAAAUUGCGCCCAUGCUACUGCGCAUGACUUGGGAUGGAUUUCCACUGUACCACACUCGUAAGCAUGGCUGGGGAUACCUGGUCCCUGGAAGAACAGAUAAUCUCACAAGCAACCUGGUCACGUUGCCUAGUAACGAAGACGAACAUGUGGAAACAGAGAAACCAGAGUUAACAUUUCCAACUAGGUAUGUAGACACGUAAGUUUUGAAAGGGAAGUGGAUGGCAUUAAAACUAAGCAAAAUAGGUGGUAGAUUUGACCAGGGCUAGAUUUUGCACUUACACACCUGCGAUCGUAUGGCUUUGGAUCGUUACGUUUAAGCAAAUAAACGCAGAUUUUAUUUGAUCUGAAACUGGAAUCGUGGCACAAGCAUAGCUCCAUUAUUUAAUACGUGAACCACACACAGCUUAAAAUCCCGCUCUGAUAAGUGGUCAGCGUGGCAAAGUAAACUUGAUCAACUGAGGUGUUAAAACUAUAAUUUUCGUGUUUCAUUGUUCCACCGACGCAUCGGCAGAAGUCUCGCCAUAGUUGUUCACAGCUAUCCGUAAUAAUCUACAGACUGUACCACAAGUGCUGGAGGCAAGCCGGAAUCUUGACGCCAUUUGUCUAAAGUAUAAUCGAUAAAACUCUCGUAUGAACAUUGCCAUUUUCUGCUUAUAAGCUAUUUUGGUCUUCGUAGGCUUCCUGCCCACAUUUGCCGAUAGAUUUCUUAUGUGAUUCCUUAAAUGUUUAAGAGAAUGGCAGAACAAAUCUUUUCUGUUCCAAAGUCAAAGCUUUUUCGUUUACAAUUCACACUGCGUGGGUAGCAUCUUAAGCGGGGGGAGGGGGGGGGGGGGGGUGGGGGGAGGUCUUUUAAGGGAAAUCUGGGGGGGGUCUUUCCCAUUUGCAAGCGUUUAAUUUUUUUUGUGGAAAACACCAACUGACAAAAAAUAAGGAAAAAGGGGUAAAAAAAGGACGGACGUUUGAAGGACAAAAAUUAGGGGUUUUCCUUCUUGGGGGAGAUUAAUUGAUGGAAAAAAACAGGCUGGAGAGAAGAAAAAAGACAAUUAUUCUUUUUGGUAGUGUGCUAUUUGGAUUUAGUUUUGGUUAUUUGUUUUGGUGUUUUUUAAUCUAUGGAUGGAAUUGUUGUGGAGCACCUUUUUUUUUAUACUAGAGGUUAUCUUGUUUUGUGCUGGACUCGCGCGGGGGGGGGGGGGAGGGGGGGGGCGGGGGGGGGGGGGGGGGGUUAGGAGAAGUUACUUCAAUGAAUAUCUGACGGCGUUCUUUCACAUUUCAGAGCGUUUAAUUAUCUCUGGAGAAAGCACAGCAUGAACAAAAAUCAGGAAAAGGGUGAUAGCAAGGACUCGACGUUUGAUGGCAACGAAUUGGAUGUUUACUCUCUUAGUGAAGAUCAACUGUGGACAAAAUCAGAGCUGGAAGAAAUGAAGAAACCGAGACACAGUGCCUCGCCAAAAAGUGAUACUGAUACGACUCCGAGUAAGACAGCAUCAAAAGUUAAAAGCCAAGAAACAAUCUCGGGUACAGAAAGCAAGCCUGAUUUUUAUCAUGGAGUUGGGCCUUUUAAUGAUGUUGAUCUUCCAGGAGUGUGGUUCUUCCGCAUACCUCAUAAGGUUUGAAAUAGAAACGGAAGAAACUAUAAUUUGAAAGUCAUAGAGAGUCAUAAACCAAUAGACCUUUUUUACCAAUAUGGCGGCCAUAUUGAAUUAAUUAGAUUUAAGGAGUAUUAUAGGAUGCCCAGGGGGCAUGAGCACAUUUCGUUUGUAUUUUCGAGCGCUUUUCGGGACAUUUUUUCUUAAAGUUUUCUUAGAAUAAGAUUGUAAUGGGAAAAAAGAUCCUGUGCCGUGUUUCGAUGUAAUAAUGAUCGUCUUUUUCCCGAGAAAUAUGCAGUGAAAGACCAUAUUUCUAAUACUAAACUAGAAAAAGGCGAUUAUUUUUACAUCCAAACACGGCACAAGAAUCUUUUUCCCAUUACAAUCUUAUUCUAAGAAAACUUUAAGAAAAAAUGCACGGAAAAGCGCUCUAAAAUACAAACGAAAUGUGCUCAUGCCCCCUGGGCAUCCUAUAAUACUCCUUAAAUCUAAUUAAUUCAAUAUGGCCGCCGUAUCGGUAGAAAGGUCUAGUGGAAAAAUGGUGUUGGCCGUGUCACGUGGUAUUUUAGAGGGGCAACCAGAUCAAAAAGCGGCCAUAGUUAGGAAUCACGGACGUUUUCUUAUUCUAGACAACAAAUGUUAAAGAUUCAAUAAUUCAAUAUGGGUUGAGUUGAUCGUUGUGUGUUGGUUAUUGAUGCAAUGUCAACCGACGGUACCCUGAGAAGUAAGCGCGCGCAAUUCUUGUGCGAAAAUUGGCGACAUUUGAUCUAGACAUUUUAGACUUGUGGAAGGAAAUUACAACUCGAUGCGUAACUGCUUGUUUUGGCACCUUUUAUGGUUGGUUGACCCCCUAAGAGACCACGUGAUAGUGAUCAAUGAUCUGCGAAACACUGACAAAUCACGUGUCGUCGUGAAAGGAGUUCAGUUUGCUUCCAAAGCCGCCAACACUGGAAGUGAACUGGGCAUGAGCAGAUCAUUUCGGCAAAGUACUCUUUUCCCUACUGCGCAUGAGCAGACUUGUUCGAAGCUUGUUAUCAGCCGCUGAUGUUCAUUAAUGGUUUUUGAGCAAGAAAUAAUCUAUAAUUGGAUAUUAAACCACCGAACUACGGGGGACUUGUGAUAAGCAAGUUCCUACCUUUGGCUUUGCUGAGACUACUUCCAUUUUAACUGGUUGAUUAAAACGCUUAACUUUAAUUUUAACUUUGUAUAUAUUUAGCAAUUAUUGAAUUUGGCUUUCGUAGGGUAUGAAGAAUUCUGCAGGUCGGGGACCCUCCGAGAUUGCUUUAUUAUUCAUUCAAAAUAAUUCCAAGUUUGAAAACAAGCUAAAACAUGCUUACCUCGGUCGAUGUUAUGUUCAUAUCGGUAGCGCAUCUUUAUCGAAAAGUUUAGGAGAUAAAGGGCUGUUCAGGUCUGCAAAUAUACUCCAAAUAGCAGAUGUCGUCCGUCGAGUUGUCUUUUGCUGUUCUUGCCAUGUUUUUAGACAAUAGUUCACCGUGAAACGAGUGAAAUGUCUUCACAUUACUCACUUCGCCAUUACUCACUUCGAAAACAACUAAACCUCGUCCCCAGGUUUUCUCGGUAAAAGGUUAAAUAAUCUACAACUUUGCUGCACUUUUGACGUCAUGGGUUCAAUAUGGCAAAUUCUUCCAAAUUUGGUCAACAGUAGCUGGUUAUGAUGAAUUAUUCUUUUGAUUUUAGCCAAUCAGAAACGGAGAAAUAUUUUGAAUGAAUAGUAAAUAAAAAAAUUUUCCCAGUUUCCCUUUUGAUGACAAAACUCCUUUAGUUAAAAUUUUUGGAUCUGCUAAAACAAGUGACUACAGCCUGAGACAGACGAAAAUUUAGGUUAUCAUUUCUGACCUUUCCUGUUUUAGAAUGGUGAAAACUACCGUUGCGGGAAUCCCUUGGCAAAAGACUACAUCAGUAAGAUUGAGGAUGGAACGUUGGUGGCUUCUGGAGACCACAGCGCUCAUAAAACUCUGAUCAUUAACAAGAUGAUUUCGUCGUGGAGAAAUGCUCAGAAGAGAAUAAGGUUCGGAUUUUUGGAAAACAGAGUAUAGAGGAUAAAACAGUGACUAUUUAUUUACUUAGGUUCGCCAAUUCUUGGCAGGAUCACUGCACCUGCUGGUGGUGCUAAUUACUGCGGCUCGUAACAGUUGCUACCCCCAUGAAAGAUUGACCACAACCCCAGGGACUACGUCCCCUAGUCGUUACGAACAGUGCGUGGGUUCUUAAACAUCCCACAGAAUUAAUUUGUGCACGGGUUGUGAGACGUGGCUUACAGUUUAUCGUCCCCAGAUAUUUAAGACCCUGAGUGUUGAUCUGGUCGGGGUUUGAACCACCGGCCUUCUACUCAGCAGACCGGCGCUUAUCUAAUUGAGCUAACCGGGCAGCGGUUAGGGUGAUUGUACCCUUUUAGUCUUAAGUUAGUCUUAUUUGCUAUCUUUUUAGAAAGCUAAAACUUGUUGUCACACCAAUUGAAUUCCAAAAAAUAAUAAUGUUUCAGUUUUGGUACUUUUAAAAGACUAUGUUUGGGCACUGAAGUUGUUUCCAGUCGUCUGUUGCAACGGGAGGCAAUGGACUGAACUAACUGGAAAAAGUUGAGCUCAACCUUUUCAUGUUUUGGUGGAUGGAUGAUUAUACGUUUCUGGGAAACUGCCCCCCUACCCCUCCCCUUAGGAUGGGGGGGGGGGGAGGGGGCAGUUUCCCUGAAACGUAUAAUGUUGUUUGAUAUCUUGUUCGUAAAUCUCCGGGAGCAUUUUGUGUAUGAGUAAAGAUACUAAGUAAAUAUAAUGACUUAAGCACAGAAUUGACCAAAACAGCAAUAUCCUGGUGACAUAGCUCCUUUGAAGUCUUAAAUGUUUUAAAAAAAUCCUAAAUUUCAUUUUGUUAAGUACUGCCGUAAGAAAAGAAAGAAACCAAGCAUGGAGAAAAUGGACAGCAGGUUGAUAUUGUAGUAAAAUUACACAUUCCAUGUUCGUCUUCAUUUCUCUCCAAUCCUGUCCCUUCCAGUGUAAGUCUGACAUCGUAGUGGUGUUUUUUUUUUUAACCUCACAGGUCUCAGUUGGCGGUUUGGUUUGACAGAGACGAUCUGCCCGCUGAAAUAACAGGGUAUGAAAGAAAUAUCAGGUCACUCGGACAUGGGAGGCAGCGUGGCCGAGUGGUUAGAGCGCUGGACUCGUAAUUCGGAGGCCCGGAGUUCAAGUCCCGCCCUGACCACUAGCUGGAUUUGUUCACGAGUUAAGAUCCUCGGCCACGUUUGUAAAUAGCCAGCUGGUUUGCCUUCGGCCAGUAGAUUAUUUGUUUUUGGUAGUUGCUCGGAGCCACUAGCAUUAGUGCUAUAAAUACUGCCGAGGGUAAAUAACGGAAUAAUAAUAAUAAUAAUAAUUAUUAUUAUUAUUAUUAUUAUUAGUAGUAGUAGUAGUAGUAGUAGUAGUAGUAGUAGUAGUAGUAGUAGUAGUAGUAGUAGUAGUAGUAGUAGUAGUACAAAUGUUUCUUGUCUUCAGUUUUCUCUUGUUUGCAACCUCAUCCCUAGAGCCCGCUCCUCCCAUUUAAAAAAAAAAACCCUGGGGACGAGGUUUUCUUGUUAGGUACAUUUUGUGCACCUUGCCGGCAGAGCCUUUCUUUUACUUACUCGAUUUUGGCGCAGUCGAGAAAGACUCCGCAUGAAUCAAGUUAGAUCUUUGUUGAGCAUGCGCUGUAUGUUGCUUGGAUAUGGUUUGGAACCCAGACCUAAUAGCCUCGCACUUGCCACAGCGGGUUCGUUUAUGACCAAAUUCAAUCUUGAAAGCAGGGACCAACUUACAAAAAAGAAGGACCGGAUCCUAAUAAAGGAUCUAAUCAGCUAUAAUUGGAAAUAUAGAAACAAAAGAAGCAAGGCUAACUUUACAGUCGGGAAUAAUAUAUUUCUUUUGCCAAUAUUUCGGAAGGCAAGGCCUUCCUUCUUCCGGGUCUUACGUGCAAUGAUAAAAGGUUGCUUGCACUCGAAAAAAAUCAAUUUGACGAGAGAAAACAAGAUUGACCAGUCAAGACGUUCGGGCUGCGGCGAACUCAGCGGUUUGACGUGACUCAGACAGAGCCUCCUUUUUUCCUUAUCUCUCAAGUAGACAAAAGCUGGGAAGCUCUGCUCGCAGGGUGCAUUCUGGGUGACAUAGCUAAAAAAGCUCCUCUUUUCUGAUUGCAGAUCCGAUAAAUAUAAUGCUGAUAACAUGCUAGGCACCAUCUUGCCGCGAGUUAUCACUGCUGGGACGGUAACAAGAAGAGCAGUGGAACCGACAUGGCUGACUGCUAGUAACCCCAGGGUAAGUCGCAAAGAAUUUUAUCAAACAAGAAUUUAGGAGUAAGGAUAUGUUUACACUACACUGGAUAGCUUUUUGAGUGGAAACAAAAUAUUAGAACGAUUUUCGUAUGACCUUAAAAAAUGGUUUCGGUAAGUUUUCGUUAUUUGUUUUAACAGCCAAUGGAUGAAAAGAUCAAAACAUGGACUCUUUGUUUCCCCCCAAAGAAAACCCUAAUAUGGAGAGGGUAUUGUUUGAUUGGCCAAUCGUGUUGCAGUAUGACGUCAAAGCGAAGUAUCGACUGAUUUCUAGAAAGUUCUCGGGCAUGGAGUUUUUUCACCCGAGAGUUCGCUUAACCAAUUAAAAGCCACCCGCGUUUGUAUCCGUUCGACAAGCCAAUCAAAUCGCUCUAUUUCCGUUCGUUUUUUGUUUCUGUUUUGUUCGCGCGUUUUCAUUCCAAGGUCAUACGAAAAUCGGUCUAUCCGGUCUAGUAUGACCAGCAGCGGCACGGGACUGGAGCAAGUCGUUCACACACAUCGAACAUCGCGCCGUAGCAAUUGGGGCGAGAGGGUUUAGUGCGCUAAAUUCCCAGUCCUCACUCUUUUUCUCCCGGCUCGGUGGGUUCCAGUCCUCGCUCCUACUUAUUCACUUCCGCUGCGUUCGGAAUAACUGUUCACUCGCCGCUUAAGUGUGGCACAGAGCCUGUCCGAUAUAGGACACUCCACUUUAGAGAUCGGUGCGUUGUAGCUUCGCUCCGUCGAAGAAAGUGGAACAAUAGUGUAAGUUAUUUUACGUGCCUCUUCUCAGUCUUUAAUGAUAGACUUACACUAACCAGGCGCUGUGACAGUAGUCGUUGCAUCGGUUCAUGUGAAAUAUACAUGCGGGGUACUCUUUUGAUUGUAACUAGAAUGGAUACCCCAAAAUCAGAUUGUCAGCUUUACUCAAAAUACGUGAUAGUAGCCUUAUAACUUAAGGUUGAACCCACACCAUUUGAUGUGUAAUCCAUAUCUGCAUCCACUACACCAUCAAGGGCUAACCGCCGACACUGGUUAAUUUAACGUACUUUACGUGGGGUUGAUCACUACAUUAUUGAAAGCUAACCGUUCUUAAACGAGUGCUUAACCCUCAACUCUUUCCUUGCACAACUGUCUCCUACUCUGAUUUCUCCAAUUUUCUAAAAAAUCUGCCCAGGCAAUUAACUUGCAUAAAAUGGUUCUCUACGUGGAGUAUAGCGUUGUGUAAUAAACAUAAGGUGACCAACCUUACUCUUUCAUCGGUUUUCGCCUUCAGGAGGAUCGUGUGGGGUCUGAGUUAAAGGCUAUGGUGCGGGCUCCUCCUGGGUACUGUUUAGUAGGGGCUGAUGUGGACAGUCAAGAACUGUGGAUUGCUGCCAUAUUAGGAGAUGCGCAUUUCGCUGGGAUUCAUGGUAAGUGGGUUAUAAAAAAUAUAUUCCAAACGUUGAAGAGAAAAGUGAUUUUAACAGACCCAAUUAACACUUUAAGCCCCAAUGGUGAUCAACACCAAUUUUCUCCUAACGAUAUCCGUACCUUGUCAAGAGAUAAGGUUACGAGAAUUAAUGAAGUGAUCACUAAAGGGAAGAUGCUUUGAUCUUUUAUCAAAUUCUCUCAACUCAUUCUUUAAAGAAAUGUAUAGAGAUCAGUUUGGAGAAUUUGUAUGUGGAUAUUGGGGGUUAAAGGGUUAAAAGGCUGGGUUUGACCAGCGGUUACAUUGGUAAAGGGAGCUUAAGUAAGGACAUUUUAAAGAGAUCAACCGGAAGUGGACGUUUUGUGUUUUUGGACAGCGAUUUUGCCCAAAUUUUCGGGCGAAUCGUCUCUAGACGAGCAAAGACACUUAGCCGCAAUACAAAUUUGGUAGCGACAAGGCAUAUUAAAAUAAUACAGGGCCCAUCCCGGUUGACGUGCGCCGUCCACAAGCGUUUACUCGCAAAGGAAGAGGAACAGAAUUUUCGUUUCUACUUCCCUCGCUAGCUCGUACUUCCAUGCGUGAAACCAGCAUAAAACGUGGGCUGAACAGCACUCGAACUCGCUAUCCGGUAGUAAUAACUGACUUCGUAAACUUGGCAUGUUUGAUUUAGUUUGUGAUUCAUUAUUUUAGUGGAAGGCCUGUAAACUAGCUGAAUCGGUUACAAAGUUUAUAAGCAAAGUAUUUACAUUGUAACUAAGAUGAAUUAAAUACCCUGUUUGGGCGGAUUUUCGCAGGUAGCACAGCGUUCGGGUGGAUGACGCUGCAAGGUAAGAAGUCAGAAGGAACAGAUCUGCACAGCAAAACUGCCGAAACUAUUGGAAUAAGUCGAGAUCAUGCUAAGGUGAGAUGUUAGUCGAGGUGAGAUGGAAUAUACGGCCAUGUUUUCCGUCGGAAAAAAGAAAACAAAAAUAACCCUCCAAAAACUGCGCGUGUGAUUGAUUUUUCAGAAGAUCAGUGGUAGUGCCAGUUCAGUGGCUUUGACAACGUGAAAGUUCCCACAUAAACGAUGCUCGUGUUCCAGAACUAUUAGUAUGAAAUGUUGCUGGACUUUUACAAAAUUUUUCGUGAUGCUUUUAAGUUCCUAUUGUGAUUACUUUGGUCGCUUAGUAUUUGUCGCUUAUGACUCAGUCAAAAAAGGUUUUAACUAGUAUUGUGAGUGAAGUCAGCCUCAGGCGUCUCCUCCUCCCCCCCCCCCCCCCCCCCACCCCCCCCCCCACCACCCCAACUCCACCACACAGCGCACCCAGACAGCCACGGACACCACCCGCCCGCCCACCUCGCCCACUACCCCCCGCCCACCCCCCGCAUUUUUUCGUGUAUUUUAUGAUUUUUGUGGUUGUCAUUGUAUAUUGCAUAUAUAUACAAUUAGUAUAUCAUAGUUUUUAUACUAAAUGCCCUACAAAAAAAGUAUAUAUACAUUUUGCUUAAAAUCUCCACCCCCAGCAGUGACCCCCCCCCCCCCCCCCCCCCCACCCCCCACCAAACCACCGUCAGGAGAGAAAGCGGACUACAGUUAAAAGAAGUCUCCCUCUCUUCCCCCACCCCCCUCCCCCCCCCCCACUCACCCACCCGUGGAUUAAGGGGUGACACGGCUGACAUUUCACACUGGUUCCUUUGCGAACGUCUUACGUCUGUACAGGCUUCCCAAGGCUGAGCGAUUGCGAGCGACUGGGAAUGACACAGAACAAACAGCAAACAUAACAAUCGUUCCUUUUAUUUUUUUUUAGAUUUUCAACUAUGGUCGUAUUUAUGGCGCGGGGCAAAAAUAUGCUGAGAAGUUGCUUCUUCAGUUCAACCAUCGUCUGACAGAAAGCGAAGCAAAGCAGAAGGCGGAAACUCUGUACGCAAACACCAAAGGAGUUGCCAAGUAUGUUAUUUCUUUUGUGUAAACUGGGGCUUAUUUAGAGGCUAUGACUGUCUGUCAUUUUAGUCACAUUCACGCAUGUCCUAAUUCGGCGUUCGUUUCCCCUCCAUCACAAAAAAAUAAAUUGAGAAAUAAAUAGUAAUAAUGAUAAUUGAUGGAAACUUUAUUUGUGCUUUUAAUGUACAAUUGUAAAUCUCGCUACGCAUAGGCAAUUUACUAUUGACUGCUUGAGAUUGAAUUGUAUAAAAAAAAAAAGGCUGGGCUACCCCAAUUCCUAUUUCUACAACAAGAGAUGUAAUAUGAUGUAAUAAUAAUAAUGAUAAAUAAAUAAUUCUUUAAUUUACCCUCGAAAGUAUUAUAGCGCAAAGGCUUGUGGGGACGAGCAAACAACGGAAACAAAUAAUUGUUUGAUCAUUCGAUCACCAGGUUUGUUUUUUAAUGAAUAUAUUCGGGAAGCCAAGCGAUCUGCCAUUUUUACGCAAGAGCGAUCGCAAGGAGGAGAAAAGCGUGGUUUCAUUUACGCAUGAGCAGUGUAUUAUUUGCAGCCAAACACAGUUGGAUAACACUGCGCAUUGGCAGACCGUUAUUUGGAGGCAGUUAUUUGCAGGUCACAUGGUGGGCUGUCGGCCAAUGAAAAGGAAGAAAAAUUUGCAUCGAACGAUAAUUCAAAUAAACACAACAAGGUUAAUAAUCAGUCCAACCGGCCCAAUGUAAACCAGUUGACUAUUUACAUGCUUGAUCGUGAAUUUGAACUUGGGCUCACUACCAAGAACAAAUCCAGCUACCGGAGUCGAGGGGGGGGGGAGGGGUACUUGAACUCGGGGUCUCCGAAGUACAAGUCCAGCCAUCUAACCGCUCGGCCACGCCGCCUCCCGUCACGUUCCUUGGAAGUCAGAAAUCCCUGCCUGUUACGCCCUUAUGAGAGUUGUUCAGUCGUCUAAUAUUCAUCUACAUCGCCAUAAUAAAAUGAAAAGUGAAGUCACUACAAAAUAGAACCACAAAAGUGAUGAAUGUUUAUCUUAAAAAAAUUGGGUGAAUCAUUUUUUGGUGAUAGGCACUGUAAACAAAAGCAACCUGGUGCCUAAGGCGUUUUUUAAUGGCGCCGCUGAAAGGAAUCCUUCAGAAGAGGCCCCAGAGAUAUGGAGGAAUUUUGGCCGGUUUACUUGCUGAGUUAUUAUCUCCCUCUCAGUCGACAAGGGUUUUAAAGAGCGGAAAAACUAACUACGUGAAUGUCAAUAGGACUGCCAAUAUGGCAACCAGUGUGCCUGCCAAUGUGGUUGCUAAGUGGCUGCCAGUGUAAGUGUUAACCGCUUGGUCAGCGGCAACGUUUUCAGUAAGAAACACGACUUUUCUUUGUUAGAAAAAUCAAAUGAUCCCAAACCGGAAAAAAACUGGAAGAAAACACGUUUCUCUCUCAGAAAAAUCGAACGACAUUAAAAAACAACAACAACAACAACAGCAGCAACCGCUUAGGACUAAAAAUAUAAAAACCGCAAAUGUCAAGAGCAAAAAGUCGAAAAAUUGAUUUCAAAAAUGGUUAAAUUCUCAGAAAUGAAAUCUUUAAUGACACCCUUAUUUUAUUACAGUGGAAAUUCACUUGAUGUGUCUGAGCGACUUAUAUGGUCGAAUUGACAGUGCACAAUUCAUGAUGGCUACAAAGACUAUACUAUAGGCAGAGUACCCUGUCCCUUCUCCGCCGUCAAAGAAAAAGAAUGGUUUGGAAAAUGAGCAGAAUUAAAAAAUAAGUUUUUUCAAGGCGUUCAGUGGACUCAGUUCGCGUCUUAUUAAAAAAAAAGUGAAAGAAAGAAAGAAAAAGCAGACACCGCUAUACGUAGCACUGCAUUUUAACCUUUUCACUCCUAGAACAAUUUAUGAAAGAUCUGAAGGUGGAAAUGAUCCCCGCAGUUGAAUAAACGACCUAAGCGGUUGAAAAAAAAAAAAAACCUGAAAAAUUCAGGCUUGACCGGGAAUCAAACGCUGACCUUUGCGAUGACCGCACGCAACGCUCUAGAUCCAUUGAGCUCAUCAAGCCAACUGGAGACCGGGCCACUGUGAGGUAGUAAUAUACCCAGUGGUGGAAAUGACAUGAAUGAAAAUAGAUGGAAUGACUCAUACUUUGAGUUGCGGAUAAAGAAAUAAAAGUGGAAAUGAUCCUCGCAGUUGAAUGAACAACCAAAGCGGUUGUAAAAUAUGAGUUAUUUCAUAUAUUUCAAUUUAUGAAAGAUUAUCCAUCACUCUAAUUUCAAAAUUUCUCUAGCAGCACAUUUGCGUAAUGUAUGUCGUAGCAUUUUACAAAGAGAAAUUUGAUUAUUUUUGUGAAUCCUUUCCUUGGGUCAAUACUGUGGUUCACAAAAGGCUAAUUUACGGCGCGAUCAGAACUAUUGAUAGGAGAUUCCAUUUACGAAUAAAGGUGGUAAAACGCCCACCUGUAGUUUUGAACAACUGAAUAAAUGGCUGGUUAUUUUUACUUUUAUUUUCUCUACUUUACAGCCACAUUCAUACAAAAUCAUUUGUACAAACACACUGCCUGGCCCUGUUUUAAAGAUUUGUUGUAAGUGGAAAUUCACGAAUGGAAAGUUAGCGAGAAAUUUCAUCGAUGUUGCGUUGAAGGUGGAUAAAUCUCGUCGGCUGCGGCAAACGCGGUAAUGGUGGGAAAAAUGUUUCAGGCAACAUUCGUUGGGGAUUGGCACCUAAUUCUCUCAUAAGAAAAACUUUCUUCAAUAGAACGUAGCUUCAGGUUCAAGAUGCCCUCUCGUGUGUGUUUCAUCAAAUUCGCUUGGUCCCAAAUUUCCAACAAGACAGUCAGAAAUUUAAACACGGUUGGCGUUGUUAAUUUAUUUUUUUCGCUUUUGUUCGCAAUAUGCUGUUCAGAAACAGUGCAAGGUAUAAAGCAAACGUAGUUGUUAUAAACAUGCAAAUUUCAAGAGCAGACUUAAAAGAAAGCUUAUAGAACGUAAAGGAUGCCGCCUGUAUGAAGAGUGUAUUAAUGGCAAAAAAAGCACUUCCUACCUUGCAAGUCGGGUAAAAUCCAAUAUAAGCUGCGACGCCGCGGCGUUUUAGGCUGCCAGCGAGAUGCAUAAAAAGUAAGCGGUGAGUUUCAGUUCUAACACGAGCUCUGCUGGUUGCGAGGUUUACCUUCUGUUUGGCAAAAGGCUAGAACACCCUUCUUCGUCGGGCGUAGUUUUCCGCCCAAAUCUUUUUCUAAAAAUAACGAGUUUACUGAGCAGCGGAAAGUCCGAUAUCGUAAGACGAGAAGCCAUGAAUUUCAGUUCUACCACAAGCCCUCCUGGUUGCGAGGCUGACCUUGUAUUCGGCAAAAGACUACAACACCCUUCCUCCUUGAGCGUAGCUUUUUUGAUCUUCCUCAUCAUAUUUAACAUCAUCACCUUUCCAAUCACCGCAGUUUUGAACGCGCUGGUGAUGAUCUCUGUUAAGGCCAAAUCACGACUAAGAGCACACAAGUCCAACAUUUUACUGGCGUUCCUGGCUUUGACAGACUUUACAAUCGGGAUUCUAGUUCAACCUACCUUCGCGGCGGUGUUAAUCAUGUUGUUACUUGACGAGCCUCGUGGAUAUUGUCUUCUGCAGGUUCUUAGAUUUGCCAAUUCUGUCGUGGUUGUUUCCUCGCUCUUCCACUUGGUUUUGUUAAGCGGGGAGCGGUACAUAGCCAUGAAGAACCCUUUCUAUUACGUUACCCUGGUCACCGACGGUCGCUUGCUUGUUGCUAGUGCAUUAGCGUGGUUCCUAUCCGUAUUUCAGACAGUGCUUCUGUUUCUCAUGAGCAAAACUAUGUUUUUGCGGGGUACAACAAUUUCCGUGAGUGUAUCUCUUGCGGUGAUCUUUUUCUGCCAUGUCACAGUUUGCUUUGAAACUCGUCGACACGAAAAACAACUUGCUGCUCAGCAAACCACUCCAGAGGCAAGGGCAGAAUUUGAGAAAAAUAAGAAGGCUGUUAAACUAACGUCCAUAAUCCUUGCCGCAUUAUUAUUGUGUUUUAUACCCGGAAACGUUGCUAACAUUGUUGUAUCAAGGUUUGGUGGUCAUGUAACUGAUGAGAUAAUUUUUCUGUUUGCCUUUCUCUCUCUUUCGUUAAGUUUCUUAAACUCGUCGCUUAACCCUAUUAUUUACGUGUUAAAAAUGAAGCAGUUUAGGGUCGCGUUUAUUGAGUUAUUGUUCAGAACUGUAAACACUGCAGCCGCUGAAGAAACUGAGAUACGAUUUUUUGGAGUACCUAAUGCUGUAGGUAGAGUCAACAGAGAAAAGACUGAACGAGGUCAAAAUGAACAAGCUCAACAAGAUGUGAGUGAAGAAAACCUGUAAGCAUUAUCAACAGCAGUUGUGUCGAACUAAUUAUUAUGAUGACGCUCUUUUAGUUUCUGAAACUGUAAAAUUACAGAAUAAGGCUGCUCGCGUAAUCUUAAUUAGGCUUUCCAGUCAAUGGAGUUUUGGCGUGCUUCUUGUCCACUUCUUAUUCCGUUCUGUUACUCUUUAGCGAACCUGUGUUAUUGGUUAGGGAUUUGACCUUUUUUCAAAAAUUUGCAAUCAAAUUCCCUACCCACGGGCAAAUCAUUCCAGUCAAAUGCAACCAAAUUUCCCCACCACAGGCUGCACAUUGCUGUCAAUCCCAAGGGAGAACCUAAGAAAGGCGCAAUAAAAAUAUCUCCAAAUAAAACUCUGCAAUCUUUUAUAAACGUUGCUGCAUCACCAAAGAUACAUGUUCCUGUUACAGCUGCAAUUAUACGUUUUAACCAUAAUCCGUGUUACACUGCGUACAAUACAUAAACCUUUAGGAGAAAGUCCACAUUUUGUAAGUUUAAAUAUACCGUUCUUAGUAAAGGGUACAAAGAAAGUCAGUUUUAUAAGUUUACAGUGAUUGUAGCGAAUGAGCCAUACACUAAUCAAUUGUACUUACAAAAAUCGACUUGGUUUCUCUUUACUUCCGUUUACUUUGAUACCACAGUAUUUUAAGAGGUUAAAUUGAUCAAAAACACGCUAAAACAAACGAAAUUUGAAGACAAAACAGUGAAAUCCACUCAGCCUUCGCUUGUUCUCAUUGGCCUCCAUGACUUCCUGAUCUUUUCAAACCGUACGGCGCAUGCGUGAAGCGUGGAAGCGGGAAACAUAUGUUCGGUCUCAGUCUUUUUCGUCCGAGUCGGCAUUCAAAUAUCUCCACGUCGGGCGAAGAAAGAUUCAAAUAUCCCCUCCCCUGGGAGAACAAGAUCAAUCAAAUGCCCUACUCCAGGGCCAACAAAGACAAAUCCCCACCCCAUGCAUUAACAUUAAAAAAAAAACAUUAACCUAGUAUUUACGUGCAAGUAAAAUCUAAUUGUUUUGCACAAGAGCUGUUAACGACUUCAUUUAAUAGUGACGAGCACGUAGAACAAACUGUAAAUUAAUAAAAAUAGCUUCAUUUUCGUCAAUUUUCGGACAAUAUAUUCUUUUUUUCCACGUCGCAAAAAGAAAUCUUCCAUACAUGCAUACAUUCAUACAUCGCAUCCGCAUAGUCAUCUCUUUCAUCCUUUGCUCGUCCUAAUUGCGCCUGAUUUUAGAAUUGCCCCAGAUUCCCUGUUAUCGUGGCGUCUAUUAUGCAGCCCGUUAUUUCUUACGGCUUUUGCGGAUAUUUAGAAAAUGAAAAGAUUAUCCAAACUUAAUUACCGGCGGAAAAUUAAACCAAAGUACAGUAAUCCGAAAAAGCACAUUCAAAGAUCAGUAUACAAAAAUAGGAACAAAAGGUAAGAAAAAAGGGGAUGGCAGAUGUUUGCAAAGACAAGCACACAGUUUUCCGCCCAAAUCCUUUAAGACCCAGAACGAGUUCAUUGAGCAGCGGAAAAUCCGAUAUCGUAAGACGAGAAGCCAUGAAUUUUAGUUCUGCCACAAGCCCUGCUGGUUGCGAGGCUGACCUUGUAUUCGGCAAAAGACUACAACACCCUUCUUCCUGGGGCGUAGCUUUUCUGAUCUUCCUCAUCAUAUUUAACAUCAUCACCUUUCCAAUCACCGCAGUUUUGAACGCGCUGGUGAUGAUCUCUGUUAAGGCCAAAUCACGACUAAGAGCGCACAAGUCGAACAUUUUACUUGCGUUCCUGGCUUUGACAGACUUUACAGUCGGGAUUCUAGUUCAACCUACCUUCGCCGCCGUAUUAAUCAUGUUGUUACUUAACGAGCCUCGUGGAUAUUGUGUUCUGCAAGUUCUUAGGUAUGCUAAUAUGGUCGUGGUUUUUUCCUCGCUCUUCCACUUGGUUUUAUUAAGCGGGGAGCGGUACAUAGCCAUGAAGCACCCUUUCUAUUACGUUACCCUGGUCACCGACGGUCGCUUGCCUGUUGCUAGUUCAUUGGCGUGGUUCCUAUCCGUACUUCAGACAGUGCUUCUGUUUCUCUUGAGCAAAACUGUGGUUUUGCGGGGUACAACAAUUUCCGUGAGUGUAUCUCUUGCGGUAAUCUUUUUCUGCCAUGUCACAGUUUGCAUUGAAACUCGUCGACACGAAAAACAACUUGCUGCUCAGCAAACCACUCCAGAGGCAAGGGAAAAAUUUGAGAAAAAUAAGAAGGCUGUUAAACUAACGUCCAUAAUCCUUGCCGCAUUAUUAUUGUGUUUUAUACCUGGAAACGUUGCUAACCUCGUUGUAUCAAGGUUUGGUGGUCAUGUAACUGAUGAGAUAAUUUUUCUGUUUGCCUUUCUCUCUCUUUCGUUAAGUUUCUUAAACUCGCUGCUUAACCCAAUUAUUUACGCGUUAAGAAUGAAGCAGUUUAGGGUCGCGUUUAUCGAGUUAUUGUUCAGGACUGUAAACGCUGCAGCCGCUGAAGAAAUUGAGAUACGAUUUUUUGGAGUACCUAAUGCUGCAGGUAGAGUCAACAGAGUAAAGACUGAACGAGGUCAAAAUGAACAAGCUCAACAAGAUGUAAGUAAAGAAGACGUGUAAGCAUUAACAACAACAAUUGUGUUGAACUAAUUAUUAUGAUGAUGCUCCUUUAGUUUCUGAAAUUGUAAAAUUACACAAUAAGGCUUCUCGCCUAAUCUUAACUAGACUUUCCAGUUAGUAAAGCAAGGACAAUAGAUGUGUGUUUAAAAGCCUUCCUAUUUCUCUCAAGUUCUUCUUUUUUUGCGUUUCUAAUUGGCUCAAAUCCCACGGCUUAUUUUUCUUAACCAGCUAAGUUUGACCAAAUUUGGCCUGAUAUCUUAGCCUGCGAAUACAGGUGUCUCUCCUCGCCCCUCGCCUUAAGGGACGUCGUCGUUUACAAGGUGUCAUAAGACAAGUCGUGCUGGUUGCGAAGCUGCACUAGCAAAGUUACGAAGCUGCAAAAGCUUAUCAAAACAAAAUCAAGAAGGACUAACUAAGAAAGGGAAUGUGAAAAACAGUUACCAUCAUAAACUUUGAUGUGUUGACUUAAAACGAAAAACACUAAACUGUUCGCCCUUCAAUUCAUUUGAAAAUAUCCUCUACGGCCAUAGUUUCAAUAGUUAGUGACUCAAGAUUCACGCCAUUUAUUUAUUUAAAAAAAUAACUGACUACAAAUCUUUUAUAGGUUGUGUUUGAAAAAUAUAUGUGAUAAUAAAUUUGAUUGCUGAUGUGGGUAUAAUUUGUUCACAUUUUGGAAAUGUGUGGCAGUGUUUUACAUUCGUGCUCUUUACAAUGAUUAUCGUUAUCUUAAGUGUUUUAACAUUCACACGUUAUCUAAAGAUUUAUUAGCAAUUCAAGUAGAAUGUGAGGCUUUUUUAGAUGAUAAACAAAUGAUUAAGGUUGAUCUAUCGGAAGAUCAAAUGAUGACUUUUGUCUGCGCAAUCUAUGAAACAUCGGCCUUUUUUUCUCGGACGUAUUUUGAACUAGCUGUAGAGAAUUUAUUGCAGCUGCAAGAGAACAGCGUUUUCCUUUUCUAAAGUAUUUAAAAUAAUAAUAAUAAUAAUAGUAAUAAUAAUAAUAAUAAUAAAUAGGAUAAUUUAUUACUGAUACAUCAUCCAAAUUGUCGUUAUCACAGUGGUUGCUGUUUUCAUGCUUGCUAUUAGAUCGAGGCGGAUUCCAUUUUCUUUCGUUGCUUGAUGCAAAUGAAAAAAUUACUCGGGAAAAAACAUUAACCUAGUAUUUAUUCGCAAGUUUUUGUACAAGAGCUGUUAACGACUUCAUUUAAUAGUGACGAGCACGUAGAACAAACUGUAAAUUAAUAAAAAUAGCUUCAUUUUGGUCGAUUUUCGGACAAUUUUUAUUCUUGUUUCCACGUCGGAAAAAGAAGUCUUCCAUACAUGCAUGCAUACAGACAUCGUAUCCGCGUUGUCAUCUCUUUCAUCCUCCGCUCGUCCUAAUUGCGCCUGAUUUUAGAAUUGCCCCAGAUUCCCUGUUAUCUUGGCGCAUAUUAUGCAACCCGUUAUUUCUUACGGCUUUUACGGAUAUUUAGAAAAUGAAAAGAUUAUCCAAACUUAAUUACCGGCGGAAAAUUAAACCAAAGUAAUGCGAAAAUGCACAUUAAAAGAUCACCGUAUACAAAAAUAUGAACAAAAGGUCAGAAAAAAAGGAUGGCAGAUGUUUGCAAAGACAAGCACACAGUUUUCCGCCCAAAUCUUUUUCAGACCCAGAGCGAGUUCAUUGAGCAGCAGAAAGUCCGAUAUCGUAAGACAAGAAGCCAUGAAUUUUAGUUCUGCCACAAGCCCUCCUGGUUGCGAGGCUGACCUUGUAUUCGGCAAAAGACUACAACACCCGUCUUCCUGGGGCGUAGCUUUUCUGAUCUUCCUCAUCAUAUUUAACAUCAUCAGCUUUCCAGUCACCGCAGUUUUGAACGCGCUGGUGAUGAUCUCUGUUUUGGCCAAAUCACGACUAAGAGCGCACAAGUCCAACAUUUUACUAGCGUUCCUAGCUUUGACAGACUUUACAGUCGGGAUUCUAGUUCAACCUGCCUUCGCCGCGGUGUUAAUCAUGUUGUUACUUAACGAGCCUUGUGGAUAUUGUGUUCUGCAGGUUCGUAGAUUUGCCAAUUUUGUCGUGGUUGUUUCCUCGCUCUUCCACUUGGUUUUGUUAAGCGGGGAGCGGUACAUAGCCAUGAAGCACCCUUUCUAUUACGUUACCCUGGUCACCGACAGUCGCUUGCUUGUUGCUAGUGCAUUGGCGUGGUUCCUAUCCGUAUUUCAGACAGUGCUUCUGUUUCUCUUGAGCAAAACUAUGGUUUUGCUGGGUACAACAAUUUCCAUGAGUGUAUCUCUUGCGGUAAUCUUUUUCUGCCAUGUCACAGUUUGCUUUGAAACUCGUCGACACGAAAAACAACUUGCUGCUCAGCAAACCACUCCAGAGGCAAGGGAAGAAUUUGAGAAAAGUAAGAAGGCUGUUAAACUAACGUCCAUGAUCCUUGCCGCAUUAUUAUUGUGUUUUAUACCUGGAAACGUUGCUAACAUUGUUGUAGCAAGGUUUGGUGGUCAUGUAACUGAUGAGAUAAUUUUUCUGUUUGCCUUUCUCUCUCUUUCGUUAAGUUUCUUAAACUCGUUGCUUAACCCAAUUAUUUACGUGUUAAAAAUGAAGCAGUUUAGGGUCGCGUUUAUCGAGUUAUUGUUCAGAACGGAAAACAAUGCAGGUAGAGUCAACAGAGUAAAGACUGAACGAGGUCAAAAUGAACAAACUCAACAAGAUGUGAGUGAAGAAAAUUUGUAAGCAUUAACAACAACAAUUUCAUUUUUUCAUUUUCAUGUCAUUUCCGCAGUUCAUAUUUUAUUUAUUUUAUGUAUCAUUAACAACAACAACUGUGUUGAGCUAAUUAUUAUGAUGAUGCUCUUUUAGUUUCUGAAACUGUAAAAUUGCAGAAUAAGGCCGCUCUCGUAAUCUUAACUAGGCUUUCCAGUCAGUGGAGGUUUGGCGUGCUUCUUGUCCAUUUCUCAUUCCGUUCUGUUACUCUUUAACGAACCUGUGUUUUUGCGCAUCGCACGAACGACACGAACGGCAACUUGCAGCUCAGCAAGCGACACCGGAGGCAAGGGAAGAAUUUGAGAGAAAUGGGGAAGGCUUUUAAACUCACAUCUAUUGUCCUUAUUUUACUGAUUUUAUUUGUUUUAAUACCUACGAGCACUAUGCCAGUCGUUCCAGUUAGUUAUCUUGAAUUUACUCUGGAGGCGGUGUAUUUGUUUAUCCCUUAUCACUAUGUCGCUAAUUUUCUUGGAGUCGCUUUUCAACCCGAUUGUUUACGCGUUGAGAUUGAGGCAAUUUCGGGUCGCAAUUAUCGAGUUAUUGUACAGACGUUGAAGAAAUUGAGAUGCGAUUUUCUGGAGUACCUAAUGCUGUGGUUAGAGUUAACAGAGUAAGAGAUGAACAAAACCAGGAAGGGCAAAAUCAACAAAAUAUGAAUGAGGAAAAUGUCCGCUGAAAUGUGUCCAACAAUAGCAAUCGUAACAGUAAUGUUCUGCCUCAAUUAUGAAAAACAUAUGCCUUGAAGAAGAAUUGAACAGUGACUUGAACUGUUUAUUAAAAAUGCCAAUUAUCAACAUGGUACACGAGCAUUUCAAUUCAUGUAUUUAUAUUUUUAAUAUUCAUUCUUUUUUUUUCUACGUUUCUAAUUGGCUCAUAUCCCAGGGCCUAUUUUUCUUAACCAGCUAGCUUUGACAAAAUUUGGCCUGAUAUCAUAGCCUGCGAAUACUGCCCUCUAUCCUCGCUCUUCGCCUUAAGGGACGUCUUCGUUUACAAGGUGUCGUAAGACAAGCCGUGCUGGUUGCGAAGGUGCACUAGCAAGGUUACGAAGCUGCAAAAGCUUAUCAAAACAAAAUCAAGAAGGAUCAACUAAAAAAGAAAAUGUGAAAAACAGUUACCAUCAUAACUUUGAUGCAUUGACUUAACACGAAAAACACUAAACUGUUCGCCCUUCAAUUCGUUCGAAAAUAUCCUCUUCGGCCAUAAUCUUCAAUAGUUAGUGACUCAAGAUGGCAUUUAUCUAUUUAAAAAAAAUCACUGAACACAAGUCUUUUAUAAGUUGUGUUUGUAAAAUAUAUGUGAAAAUAAAUUUGAUCAAUUCGGGUAUAUUAUUUGUUCACAUUUCGGAAAUGUGUGACGGUGUUUUACAUUUGGGCUAUUUAGAAUUAUUAUCGUUAUCUUAACAUUUGCACGUAAUCGAAAGAUUUAUUAGCCAUUUAAGUAGAAUGUGAGGCUUCUCUAGAUGAUAACCAAAUGAUUAAGUUUGAUCUAUGGGAAGAUCAAAUGAUGACUUUUGUCUGCGCAAUCUAUGAAAUGUCGGCCUUUUUUUAAACUAGAUGAAGAGAAUUUAUUGCAGCUGCAAAAGAACAGCGUUUUCCUUUUCUAAAGUAUUUAAAAUAAUAAUGAAUAAUAAUAAUAAUAAACAGGAUAAUUAAUUACUGAUACAUCAUCCAAAUUGUCGUUAUCACGCUGUUUCCUGUUUUCAUGCUUGCUAUUGGAUCGAAGCGGAUUCCAUUUUCGUUCGUUGCUUAAUGCAAAUUUAAAAAAAAAUUACUCGGGAAAAAACAUUAACCUAGUAUUUAUUCGCAAGUGGAAUCUAAUUGUUUUGCAUGAGAGCUGUUAACGAAUUCAUUUAACAAUGACGAGCACGUAGAACAAACUGUAAAUUAAUAAAAAUAGCUUCGUUUUCGUCGAUUUUCGGACAAUUUAUUCUUGUUUUCCACGUCGGAAAAAGAAAUCUUUCAUACAUGCAUACAUACAUCGCAUCCGCAUAGUCAUCUCUUUCAUUCUUCGCUCGUCCUAAUUGCGCCUGAUUUUAGAAUUGCCCGAGAUUCCCUGUUAUCGUGGCGUGUAUUACGCAACCCGUUAUUUCUUACGGCUUUUGCGGAUAUUUAGAACAUGAAAAGAUUAUCCAAACUUAAUUACCGGCGGAAAAUUAAAGCAAAGUACAGUAAUCCGAAAACGCACCUUCAAAGGUCAUUAUACAAACAUAUGGACAAAAGGUAACAAAACAAGGGAUGGCAGAUGUUUGCAAAGACAAGCACACAGUUUUCCGCCCAAAUCUUUUAAGACCCAGAACGAGUUCAUUGAGCAGCGGAAAGUCCGAUAUGGUAAGACGAGAAGCCAUGAAUUUUAGUUCUACCACAAGCCCUGCUGGUUGCGAGGCUGACCUUGUAUUCGGCAAAAGACUACAACACCCUUCUUCCUGGGGCGUAGCUUUUCUGAUCUUCCUCAUCAUAUUUAACAUCAUCACCUUUCCAAUCACCGCAGUUUUGAACGCGCUGGUGAUGAUCUCUGUUAAGGCCAAAUCACGACUAAGAGCGCACAAAUCCAACAUUUUACUAGCGUUCAUAGCUUUGACAGACUUUACAGUCGGGAUUCAAGUUCAACCCACCUUCGCCGCUUGUUAAUGAUGUUUCUUGACGAGCCUCGUGGACAUUGUGUUCUGCACGUUCUUCGGUAAUUUAUGUGGUUAUAGUCCUGGUUAAUGCUUAGCUUUCCCACCUUUUCCCACCGUGAAAUUCGCCUUAACGAACAACAACCUGCAGGUCAGCAAAGAAUUUGAAAGAAAAAAAGGAAAUUCUUCACAGCGUUGCUUGAAUUAUUGCUUUUAGGUGAUCGGAGUGAUAUAACUGUAGCCGAGAAAUUUAGUGAUAAUGUUUUCCUCCUUUCUUAUUCGGUAGAUGUUUAAAAUUUUUGAAGCUCUCUGCUCAAUCCGAAUUUUGCGAUAAGAUAUAGGUCCUUUUGGGUCGCUUUUAUUGAGUUUGUGCUUAAAACUGCAAGCUGAAGAAACAGAGUGUUGGGUUUUUUUUCCGAAGUAUUGCACGAUGGGGCUAGAGCUUAAGCUGAACAAAAUGACGUAGGACAAAUUCAAAAAGUAAAGUAAGCAACAGUGAUAUUCACAACUUUACUGAUGUGCUAGGAACACCGAACAUUUUAGUAAUCUAGUGUAUUUGCACUAAAUACACCUCAACCAUAUUGUUAUUUAAAGGAAUCACUGUUUGCAACUUGUAUUUUUUGCUUCUUGUUUGAAAAUAAAUCUGAUUAAUGCUGAUGUAAUUAUAAUUUUGCUCUCUUUUUUGGAACUGUAUCAUUGCAGAGUUUUAUAGUUGUGAGGUGUUAUUAUUAUUAUUAUUAUUAUUAUUAUUAUUAUUAUUAUUAUUAUUAUUAUUAUUAUUAUCGUUCAGUUGUUAUAUCACUGUUUCGUUUUAACAGUCAAAAAGCUUAGUAAAACGUGAGGCUGAACCAUAGUUAACACUCAGAUAUUCCCUUAAGUUGGUUUGAAAUAAUUAUCACUGACAAUAGUUGUCUUUUUCGAUGUCGCCCAUUCCGGAUAAAUUUGAACAUAUAUUUCUUUUAUAUAUGACAUAGUAUUAUGUCUACUUUUUGGUAGUCUAUGGUAGCAUUGAACAUCUUGCUGUUUGAUCGUUAUCGGCAUUAAAAUGUUUAUACUACUGCAUGAGAAAUUACUGCAAUUUGAUUGGCUUAGAGCAGUGGUAUUUCAGCUUAUUUUGAAAUACCUACAUGUGAAAAUUACAAACCUUUUGUGGGUAGUAGCGUAAAUACCACUUGUGAUAUUUCAAAAUUGUCUCAAAUUUCACUCGCCUAACGGCUCGUGAAAUUACGUAUACCAAUUUCGAAAUAUCACUCGUGGUAUUUAUGCCAAAUAUCACCACAAAUCAUGCUAUUACCUGUACUAACAUUAAAACUUAAAGUAAAAAAUUAUCAGCUAGUAGACUAGAAUGUGAGCCUUUAUUAGGGGAUAAACAAAUGAUCGACAAAGAAUAAAAUUUAAAUUAAUAGAAACAGCUUCAUUUCCUUUAAUAUUCGUACAUUUUGGUGUUUUCCUUGCCGGUAAAGAAGCCCUAAGUAAUUACUGCACUUAAGAUUCCACAUUGCCCUCUACUUUUUCAUUGUUUGCUCUUUCUAAUUGCGCCUGGUUUUAGAAUUGCCCCGGCGUACCUGUUUUCUUGGCUAAUGACCUCUAACGAAAGCAAAUCCUAGCUUCUUUUAUAGUAUCUUGAGAAGUGUAGCAGAUGUUUAGUAAAAAAGAAGAUUUAUUUAUCUUUGUGGCAGCCAAAAAUAAAUUUAUAGUUAAAAUGCAAACUUAAAGAUGAGUCAAAAGUAGGUUGGGUUUGAUCGUCCGGGUGAACGUAGUCCUGAAUAGGACUGUUAUUGUUGACAGUGACUGACGUUUCGACAACCCGUGCGGUAGUCAUCUUCAGAGUCAAAGUGAGUUGUAACACGUCAGUUGAUGGUAUUAUACUCUGGUUAUUGAUCUGAUUGGUCAAUUACGUCGCGAUAUCAUUGGUCGUCUGUCAGUUAAGCCGUGAUGUUAUUGGCUAUGAAGACUCGUAAUCAGUAGUUGGUGCGUUUCGAUCCGUCUAUUGUCACAGUUAAACAGACGUCUAUUGUUAGUCAAAUUGUCAGUUCUCCAGUCGUUCUCUCGUAGUUAGUGAGAAAAAGCUAAACAAAAGCUAAAGAAAGCCAGAUGUAUGAAAAGACAAAUUGACCGCCCAAAUCUGUUAAAAACCAGAACAAACUCAGUAAGUUGGAAAUUUCGAUAUCGUAAGACUAUAAGCCAUGAAUUCCAGUUCUGACACGAGCCCUACUGGUUGCGAAGCUUACCUUGUGUUCGGAAAAAGACUGCAGCACCCUUCCUCCUUGAGCGUAGCUUUUUUUAUCUUUCUUAUAACCGUUGACCUCCUCACCUUUCCAGUCACCGCAGUUUUGAACGCGCUUGUGAUGAUCUCUGUUCAGACAAAAUCACGACUAAGAGCACACAAGUCCAACGUUUUACUGGCGUUCCUGGCUUUGACAGACUUUACAGUCGGGAUUCUAGUUCAACCUGCCUUCGCUGCGGUGUUAAUUAUGUUGUUACUUAACGAGCCUCGUGGAUACUGUGUUCUAAAAGUCCUUAUAGGCAUGUAACUGUUGUCACAUGUUAUUAAACAUGAUGAGGAAGAUCAGAAAAGCUUCGCCCCAGGGCGGAAGGUGAUGUAGUCUUUUGCCGAAUACAAGGUCAGCCUCGCAACCAGCAGGGCUUGUGGUAGAACUGAAAUUCAUGGCUUCCCCGCCGUCUUGAGAUAUCAAACUUCCUGCUUCUCAAUAAACACGUUCUGGGUUUUAAAAGAUUUGGGCGGUAAACUGAGUUUUUGUCUUUGCAAACAUCUGCUAUCCUUUACCCUUUGUUAAGCUUUUGUACACUGAUCUUUUAAUAUGCGUUUUCGCAUUAGUAUGGUUUAAUUUUCGGCCGAUAAUUAAGUUUGGAUAAUUCUUUCACUUUCUAAACAUCCGCUUAACGUCUUAAAAAAAACGGGUUGCACAAUACAAGCUACGUCACUGCUAAGAUAAGAAAAACGCUAAGGCAAUUCUAAAACCAGGCGCAAUUAGGACGAGCGAGAGAUGAAAGAGCAAACAAUACGAAUACGUAAGCGUAUGUAGGAUUUCUUUUUCCGACGAGGAAAACAAGAAUAAAUUGUCCGAAAAUCGACGCAAAUGAAGCUAUUUUUAUUAAUUUACAGUUUGUUCUGCGUACUCGACACAAUUUUGUUGUUAACAGCUCUUGCACGAAAACAGUUACAUUCCACUUGCGUAAAACUUCUAGGUUAAUGUUUUUCGCUUAGUAAUUUUUUGUUUGCAUCAAGCAACGAUAGAAAAUGGAAUCCGUUCGAUCCUAUGGCAAGCAUGAAAACAGCAACCACUGUGAUAACGACAAUUUGGAUGAUGUAUCAGUAAUUAAUUAUCCUGUUUAUUAUUGUUAUUGUAAAUACUUUAGAAAAGGAAAACACUGUUCUUUUGCAGCUGCAAUAAAUUCUUCACAUGCAGUUCACGAAGUGCCCGCCAAAAAAAAGUGCGAUAUUUCAAAUAUUCAGGACUGUCACAAUAGUCGCGAUUUGAUUUUCCGAUCGAUCAAGCUUAAUCACUUGUCUAUUAUCUAGAAAAGCUUCACAUUUAUAUUUAUCUAUUUAUUUAUUUUAUUUUUGCCACACAAAGUGUACAAGGAAAGAAAGAAAAAAAUACACUACAGAACGAAAGUGGCGAGGAAUCCUUAAUAGAAACCACAGGGCCUAUAAAAGCACUGUUACAACGUAAGGCUUCAUCAAUUACAACUCAUCAGAUGGCUACACAUGCACAGCUAUGACAAUUAAUUCCAAAAAAGAACAUGGGAAGAUACAGUAAACGAGUAACAACAAUCAGUUUGUAAAUUAAUAAAUACUAAAAUUACGGCAAACAUAGGCUAUAUUACAACCGACAAAUAUUGUAAUUGGAGGACAGGUAAACUUUAUCCAUGAUAAUGAAACUAUUCAAUUCUUGUUGACUAAUAGCUGUUAACAAAAUAAUUUUUCAGACUGAUUUUAAAGAAAGAAGGAGAGAUUGAGUUACAAAUGUCAUUAUCUAAGGACUUGAAGUAUUUAGGACCCUCUCCUGAAAGCUUGCAGAAAAUUGUCUAGUGCUUCCUUUACAGAAGGGUAACUUUAAAGCAACAGCAUUUCUUGUAUUGUAGUUAUGGGUUUGAUUAUUAAGAGGAAAGGUAUUUCUAAACCUAAUGGGUAAAAGUGAGUGUUUAUAAGAAAACAUAAAUUUGCCUAAUUCAAGAAACCGAAUAUCACGAAGUUUUAACAUACGACGCUCCUUGUAGAUGGGAUCUGAAGAGGCAUCAAAGGCAGAUUUAUUAUAUUUCUGAUCACGAGCUUUUUUAGAGUCACAUGAUGACGCAGGUUUGUUUUAUAAGUGGAAGCCCAGACGAUGUUGCAGUAAAAGAGAUAAGGAUAUACCAUAUAUAGAAUAGUACAAGCUUUUAAGACCAGAUUUGGAAAGGAUAACACUAGAUUUAUAUAUUUUUCCGAUAGAUUUUGAAAAUUUGUUCGCCACAUGUGGAAUAUGGACUUAGUUUCCAAUUCAGAUUUUCAUUAAGAACAACGCCAAGAAAAACUGUUUCCUUAACUUGUUCAAUGUGCUUGUUGUCAACAUAAACAUGUAAACAUUCUAGUUGAAUAGCUGAUAAAUCUUUAGUUUACUUGUGAACGUUAAAUCAGAUUAUUUUAUAAAUUACAACUAUAACCAUAACCACUGCCGCCCACUUCAAAAUAUGGACAAAUUAUACUCACAUUAAACAAAUUAUUUUCAAAUACAUUUUACAAACACAACUUACAACAGAUUUGUAACAAGUGAUUUUUUUAAAUCAAUAAAUGCUAUCUUGAGUCACUAACUAUUAUAUAUUUUCAAAUGAAUUGAGGAGCUGAACAGUUCAGUGUUCUAACAACAUAGUUUUCGUGUUAAGUCACCACAUCAAAGUUAUGAUGGUCACUGUUUUUCGCGCACAUUUCAUCCUUUUUUCAGCUAGUCCUUCUUGAUUUUGUUUUCGUCAGCUUUUGCAGCUUCGCAACCAACACGGCUUGUCUCAUGACACCUUGUAAAGGAAGACGUCCCUUAAGGCGAGGAGCAAGGUGAGACGGCUUUAUUUGGUCAAACUUAGCUGGUUAAGAAAAAUAAGCCGGGGGAUUUGAGCCAUUAAUAAACGCAAAAAUAAAAUUAAUGAAAAAUAAUUACAAAUAAAUGAACUGAAGUGCUUGUAUACCAUGUUGGUAAUUGGCAUUUUAAAGAGUUCAAGUCACUGUUCAAUUCUUCUUCAAGGCAAAUGUUUUUCAUAAUUAAGGCAGAUUGCCGGAUUACACAUUUUCAACGGUCAUAUUUUGUUGAUUUUGCUCUUCUUGAUCUUGCUUAUCCUUGACUCUGUUAACUCUAAGCACAGCAUUAGGUACUCCAAAAAAUCGCAUCUCAAUUUCUUCAGCGUCGACAAUGUUUACAGUUCUGAACAAUAACUCAAUAAUUGCGACCCGAAAUUGUCUCAAUCUCCACGCGUAAACAAUCGGGUUGAGAAGCGAGUCCAAGAAAACUAGCGACAUAGUAAAGGAGAAAAACAAAUACACCGCCUCUGGAGUGAAUUCACGGUAAUUAAGUAGAACAACUGGCAAAGUGCCCGGUAUUAAAACAAAUAAAAUCAGUAAAACAAGGAUUAUAGAUGUGAGUUUAAAAGCCUUUCUAUUUCUCUCAAAUUCUUCCCUUGCCUCCGGUGUCGCUUGAGCUGCAAGUUGCCGUUCGUGUCGACGGGUUUCACCAAAAACAGUAAGAUGGCAAAAAGAAAUAAUGGCAAACGAUAGAAGACUGGAUAUGCCUACGCAGCGCAUAUACACAGGUUUGCUUACGAGUAAAAUAAUAGAAUGAGAAAUGGACAAGAACCACGCCAUUGCGCUGGUACAAAGCAAGCGUCCUUCGGUGACGAAGGAAAGGUAAGAAAAAGGAUGCUUCAUGGCAAUGUACCGCUCCCCUGUUAGCAAAACCAAGUGAAAAAGCGAAGCAAUGACGACAACAGUCACAUGCCUAAGAACUUUCAGAACACAGUAUCCACGAGGCUCGUUAAGUAACAACAUAAUUAACACCGCGGCGAAGGUAGGUUGAACUAGAAUCCCGACUGUAAAGUCUGUCAAAGCCAGGAACGCCAGUAAAACGUUGGACUUGUGCGCUCUUAGUCGUGAUUUUGUCUGAACAGAGAUCAUCACAAGCGCGUUCAAAACUGCGGUGACUGGAAAGGUGAGGAGGUUAACGAUUAUAAGAAAGAUAAAACAAGCUACGCUCAAGGAGGAAGGGUGCUGCAGUCUUUUUCCGAACACAAGGUCAGCUUCGCAACCAGUAGGGCUCGUGUAAGAACUGGAAUUCAUGGCCUAUAGUCUUACGAUAUCGAAAUUUCCAACUUACUGAGUUUGUUCUGGUUUUUAACAGAUUCAUACGUCUGGCUUUCUUUAGCUUUUGUUUAGCUUUUUCUCACUAACUACGAGAGAACGACUGGAGAACUGACAAUUUGACUAACAAUAGACGACUGUUUAACUGUGACAAUAGACGGAUCGAAACGCACCUGUUACUGAUUACGAGUCUUCAUAGCCAAUAACAUCACGGCUUAACUGACAGACGACCAAUGACAUCGCGACGUAAUUGACCAAUCAGAUCAAUAACCAGAGUAUAAUACCAUCAACUGACGUGAUACAACUCACUUUGACUCUGAAGAUGACUACCGCACGGGUUGUCGAAACGUCAGUCACUGUCAACAACAACAGUCCUAUUCAGGACUACGUUCACCCGGACGAUCAAACCCAACCCACUUUUGACUCAUCUUUAAGUUUGCAUUUUAAAUAUAAAUUUAUUUUUGGCUGCCAAAAUGAUUGUCAUAGCUGUGCAUGUGUAGCCAUCUGAUGAGUUGUAAUUGAUGAAGCCUUACGUUGUAACAGUGCUUUUAUAGGCCCUGUGGUUUUUAUUAAGGAUUCCUCGCCACUUUCGUUCUGUAGUGUAUUUUUUUCUUUCUUUCCUUGUACAUUUUGUGUGGCAAAAAUAAAAUAGAUAAUAGAUAAAUAUAAAUGUGAGGCUUUUCGAGAUAAAUAGACAAAUGUUUAAGUUUGAUCGAUCGGAAAAUCAAAUCGCGACUAUUGUGACAGUCCUGAAUAUUUGAAAUAUCGCACUUUUUUUUGGCGGGCACUUCGUGAACUGCAUGUGAAGAAUUUAUUGCAGCUGCAAAAGAACAGUGUUUUCCUUUUCUAAAGUAUUUACAAUAACAAUAAUAAACAGGAUAAUUAAUUACUGAUACAUCAUCCAAAUUGUCGUUAUCACAGUGGUUGCUGUUUUCAUGCUUGCCAUAGGAUCGAACGGAUUCCAUUUUCUAUCGUUGCUUGAUGCAAACAAAAAAUUACUAAGCGAAAAACAUUAACCUAGAAGUUUUACGCAAGUGGAAUGUAACUGUUUUCGUGCAAGAGCUGUUAACAACAAAAUUGUGUCGAGUACGCAGGACAAGCUGUAAAUUAAUAAAAAUAGCUUCAUUUACGUCGGUUUUCGGACAAUUUAUUCUUGUUUUCCUCGUCGGAAAAAGAAAUCUUACAUAAACUUUCGUAUUCGUAUUGUUUGCCCUUUCAUCUCUCGCUCGUCCUAAUUGCGCCUGGUUUUAGAAUUGCCUUAGCGUUUCUCUUAUCUUAGCAGUGACGUAGCCUGUAUUAUGCAACCCGUUUUUUUUUAAAGACGUUAAGCGGAUGUUUAGAAAAUGAAAGAAUUAUCCAAACUUAAUUAUCGGCCGAAAAUUAAACCAUACUAAUGCGAAAACGUAUAUUAAAAGAUCAGUGUACAAAAAGCUUAACAAAGGGUAAAGGAUAGCAGAUGUUUGCUAAGACAAAAACUCAGUUUACCGCCCAAAUCUUUUAAAACCCAGAGCGAGGUUAUUGAGAAGCAGGAAGUUUGAUAUCUCAAGACGGCGGGGAAGCCAUGAAUUUCAGUUCUACCACAAGCCCUGUUGGUUGCGAGGCUGACCUUGUCUUCGGCAGAAGACUACAUCACCUUCCGCCCUGGGGCGUAGCUUUUCUGAUCUUCCUUGUUAUCUUUAAUAUCAUCACCUUUCCAAUCACCGCAGUUUUGAACUCAUUGGUGAUGAUCUCUGUUAAGGCAAAAUCUCGACUAAGAGCACACAAGUCCAACGUUUUACUGGCUUUCCUGGCUUUGACAGACGUUACAGUCGGGAUUCUAGUUCAACCUGCGUUCGCCGCUGUGUUAAUCAUGUUGUUACUUGACAAGCCUCGUGGAUAUUGCGUUCUGCAGGUUCUUAGAUAUGCUUUAAUAGUGCUGCUUAAUUCAUCACUUUUCCACCUGGUUUUGUUAAGUUUGGAGCGGUACAUAGCCAUGAAACACACUUUUUCGUACCCUAGUCUCGUGACAGAGGGUCGCUUGCUUGUUGCUAGUCUAUUAUCGUGGUUGUUUUCCGUAUUUCAGACAGUUCUACUUCUCGUUAGCAAAACAGUGUUAUUGCGCAGCGUGAUGAUUUCUACUAGUCUAUCACUUGUUGUGAUCUUUUUCUGCCAUUUCACUGUUUGCCGUGAAAUCCGCCGACACGAGAAGCUAGUUGCACCUCAGCAAACUACGCCAGAGGCAAGGAAACAAUUUGAGAGAAAUAAGAAGGCUGUUAAACUAACCUUCAUAAUUCUUGCCGUGUUAUUAUUGUGCUUUACACCUGUAAACGUUGCCAAGAUUGUUCUGUUAAGCUGUCAUAGUGAUAUAACUCAUAUAACUCAUGAAGCACUAGUUAUGUUUUUCUUUUUUUCUCUUUCGUUAAGUUUCUUCAACUCGUUGCUCAACCCAGUUAUUUACGCACUGAGAAUGAAUCAGUUUAGGUUAGCGUUUAUUGAGUUGGUGUUUAGAACCGACGUAGAAACUGAGAAGCCGCGAUUUUUGCGAGUUCGUAACUCCUUAGUUAGAGUAAACGCUGAAACAAGACAAGAAGGACAACCUUAACAAAAUGUGCGGGGAAUAAACAAAAUGUCUAUGCAACUACAACAAUCAUAAAACUGACGUAAUUCCUAUCCUGGUAUCAUGUACAGUUGUAAACAUUCUGGGGAAAAGAAUUAUACAGGGCUUCUGAUAUUUCGCGCGGUCGCGGACCCGCGAAAUUCAGGUAUUUCCGCGAAAUACCGCGAAAUUCCCAAAAAAACGCGAAAUACCGCGAAAUCCGCCAGAAAUAUUUCCAAAUACAUGUCGGUAAAACAUAUUUAAUACUUAUCUGGGCUAUUAGAUCGGUUUUAUUCACCCCAAACGUCCAAAUUUAGCUUGAAACUUCGUCACUGCAACGAGUAAACAACGUCCCAAAACUACCAGGCGUUUUUAGAUGAACGUUGCGAAAAAGUGGGCACUAACCAUAAUGUUUAGCUUUAGCAUUUGCUCAUUUCUCGAGCGAACUGUUGUUGAAAGAGCAAAUGAUUAUCCCUGUUAAAAAAAACGUUCACCAACGCUGGUCAUAUCGACGCAAAAUUGAUCGAUUUUAGCGAAAUUUGCCCAAACAAAUCCAGGGAAAUCGGCUGUUUUUUACUGAUUGUUUCUUGGCGAACUUUCCCCCCUAAAUUUCCCGGGAAAUCGGCCGAUUUUUCUAAGAAUUUGCCCCUGAAAAUCCUUCGAAAAUUGACUUUUUUCCGCUAAAAUCCCGCGAAAUCGGCCGAUUUUUCUGCGAAUUUUGACUUUUCUCCCGCGAAAUCGGCCGAUUUUUCCGCGAAUUUGCCCCUGAAAAUCCCGCGAAAUUUUGCUUUUUUUUCCGCGAAAUAUCAGAAGCCCUGAUUAUAUAAUAAUCUUCUCUCUUAAAUUAUGGCACAACAAGGCGGUUCGAUCUGUUUCUUUGAUGACGAGCUUCGUUGGCCAGGGCUUAAGAAGGCCAUUAAACUCGGCUAUCUUUAAAACCAGGAACGGAGAAUGGGGGAAUGGGAAUGGGGAAUCUUUAAAAUGAGGAAUCUUUAAAAGCGGAAAUCUUUAAAAUGGGGAAUCUUUAAAACGGGGAAUCUUUAAAGUGGGGAAUCUUUAAAAGUGGGAAUCUUUAAAAUGGGUAAUCUUAAAAAGCGGGAAUCUUUAAAAUGGAGAAUCUUUAAAAGCGGGAAUCUUUAAAACGGGAUUCUUUAAAGGCGGGUCAAUCUUUUAAUAUUUAGAACAAAAGGACACUGUUUGUUAGGUUGGACUAAUGUCAGCUUUAUUAAUCAUUUGAAGCACAUUUAGCACAUUUUAUUGAAUUUGAGAAAACCCAUUUUAUGAGGGUUUUUUUUCAAACCACGAUAACAUGAAGGAAAGUGAAUUACAAAUUUGAAACAACGACGACAUAAAUAUUAUUUCAAAUAUCAUCUAUUUUAAAGAUUCCCGCUUUUAAAGAUUCCCCAUUUUAAAGAUUCCUGCUUUUAAAGAUUCUCCAUUUUGAAGAUUCCCGCUCUUAAAGAUUCCUCGUUGUAAAGAUUCCCGCUUUUGAAGAUUCCCCGUUUUAAAGAUUCCCCAUUUUAAAGAUUCCAUCUUUUAAAGAUUCCCCAUUUUAAAGAUUCCCGCUUUUAAAGAUUCCCCGUUUUUAAAUAUUCCCGCUUUUAAAGAUUCCCCGUUUUAAAGAUUCCCGCUUUUAAAGAUUCUCCAUUUUAAAGAUUCCCGCUUUCAACGAUUCUCCAUUUUAAAGAUUCCCGCUUUUAAAGAUUCCCCAUUUUAAAGGUUCCCGCUUUUAAAGAUUCCCAAUUUUAAAGAUUCCCCGUUCCCCGUUCCCCGUUCCCCGUUCCCCAUUCCCAUUCCCAUUCCCAUUCCCAUUCCCCGAUUCCCCGUUCCUUGUUUUCAAGAUAGCCGUUAAACUCGCUUCCAUAGUACUUACUUUGUUUUUGUUGGUUUUAUUCUCCUGAACGCUACACCAAUCAUUGUAAUAUAUAUAGAUUUAACCAGGGCUAAAAGCGAAGCUAUCACUAAUAAAUAUAUUAUAACCCAAACAAAAUGCAAAAUCGCGUAAUGCUAAGCGGCGACAGUAGCGAAAACGCGGCAAAAAAUGUCAGCAGAUCUAUAAUUAGCAAAAAAACAACUUUGCCCAUUCAGCACACCUUUCUUGUACAUUUCUUUGGCGUUGUUCUUGCACGACUACAACGUGCAACUUCCACAACCUCCCUAGUUACACAUUUUACACUCCUCGCCAGAAAGCCUCCUGCAAACGGACGCAACAUUGUUGGCCAACAACUUCCAGCAUUGUUGGGAGUUGUUGCGUCCGUUUGCACGUUGCUAAAAGUUUGAUGUUGGGAGGUACACAAAAACUAGCGGAUAUUUAGAAUAUGAAAAGAUUAUCCAAGCUUAAUUAUCGGCCGAAAAUUAAACCCUACUAAUACGAAAAUGCAUAUUAAAAGUUCAGUUUACAAAAGGCGGAACAAAGGGUAAAGGAUGGCAGAUGUUUGGUUAAACAAGAACACGGUUUAUCGCCUAAAUCUUUUUUUAAAAAAGAACGAGUACAUUGAGCAGCCGAAAGUCUGAUAUCGUGGGACGAGAAACCACGAAUUUCAGUUUUACCACGAGCCCUGCUGGUUACGAGGCUGACCUUGUAUUUGGCAAAAGACUACAUCACCCUCCCCUCUCUGGCGUAGCUUUUCUGAUCUUCCUCAUUAUCUUUAACAUCAUCACCUUUCCAAUCACCGCAGUUUUGAACGCGCUGGUGAUGGUCACGACUAAGAGCGCUACAGUUUUCCGCCCAAAUCUUUUUCAGACCCAGAACGAGUUCAUUGAGCAGCAGAAAGUCCGAUAUCGUAAGACAAGAAGCCAUGAAUUUUAGUUCUACCACAAGCCCUCCUGGUUGCGAGGCUGACCUUGUAUUCGGCAAAAGACUACAACACCCGUCUUCCUGGGGCGUAGCUUUUCUGAUCUUCCUCAUCAUAUUUAACAUCAUCAGCUUUCCAGUCACCGCAGUUUUGAACGCGCUGGUGAUGAUCUCUGUUAAGGUAAAAUCACGACUAAGAGCACACAAGUCGAACAUUUUUCUGGCGUUUCUGGCUUUGACAGACUUUACUGUCGGGAUUCUAGUUCACGCUGCCUUCGCCGCGAUGUUAAUCAUGUUGUUACUUGACGAGACUCGUGUAUAUUUUGUUUGGCAAGUUCUUAGAUAUGCUAGUAUUUUUGUCCGUUGUUUCCUCGCUCUUCCACUUGUUUUUUUUUUUAAGCGCAGAGCGGCACGUAGCCAUGACUAAUCCUUUCUUUUAUAUUACCCGAGUUGGUCAAUGAGGGUUGCUUGCCCACGUAGUUGCCUAGUGCAUUGGCGUGGUUCCUAUCCCUAUUUCAGAUAGUGCUUCUGUUUCUCGUUAGCAAAACUAUGGUCUUGCGGGGUUCAGCAAUUUUCAUUAGUGUAUCUCUCGCGGUGAUCUUUUUCUGCCAUGUCACUGUUUUCUUUCAAACUCACCGACACGAAAAACAACUUGCAGCUCAGCAAACCACAUUAGAGGCAAAGGAAGAAUUUGAGAAAAAUAAGAAGGCUAUUAAACUAACGUCCAUAAUCUUUGCUGCGUUAUCAUUUAAUUGUGUUUUAUACCUGGAAGCGCUGCUGUCACUGUUGUGUCAAAGUUUUAGUGGUCAUGUAACUCAUGAGACAAUUUUAAUAUUUGCCUUUUUCCUAAUUUGUUAAGUUUUUUAAACUCGUUGCUUAAGCCAGUUAUUUACGCGUUGAGAAUGAAGCAGUUCAGGGUCGACUUUAUUGAGUUAUUGUUCAGAACUGUAAAUACUGCAGAUGCUGAAGAAAUUGAGAUGCGAUUUUUUGGUGUACCUAAGGCUAUGGUCAGAGUUAACAGGGUAAAAGCUGACCAACCUCAGCAAGAUGUGUAUGAAGAAAACGUGUAAGCACGAACAACAAUUGUGUUGAACUAACUGUUAAAAUGAUGCUCCUUUUUCUGAAACUGUAAAAACAGCUGGCGUUAUCAAUUUUGUUGUUUUGAUGGACAUAAUUACUCCUAGCUAGGUCUAUUUAGGUUUGUUGAUAUUUGCUGAGACACAUGUUAUUGUUAUUUGUUUUUUAUUUCAAAAGCCUCGUGGAUAUUGUGUUCUGCAAGUUCUCGGGUGUGCCUUUUAAAGUGUUUGGUUGUUGCUUCGCUCUUUCACUUGGCUUUGUUAAGCAAGAAGCAUUUCAUAUCCAGAGUCAACCUUUUUCAUACCGUUACCCUUUUCGUGGCGAAGAUCGCUUGUUUAUUGCUAAAGAUUUAGCGCGGUUCUUGAUCAUACUCCAGACAGUUCUAUUUUCUCCUGAGCAACAGGCUCCUUGCGCAACAUGUUUGCAUCUAGAAGUACUGCCUCAGUUUUGCGAUGAUCUUUUCCUUUCAUGUCAGAGUUUGCUGUGAAAUUCGCCAUAACGAACAACAACUCAGAACAGGCUAGCAUGCAAUCGACACAAGAGGCAAGGGAAAAAUUUUAUAGCUAUUAAAAGGUUGUCAAACUCACAAGGACAUCCAUAAUCCUAUCUCUGUUAUUAUUGCUUUAAUUUUAUUUUUUAGAACGUUGUUAGAGGUGUUAUACAGAUAUCUUGGUGCUAAAAAAUGUGAAAAACAUAACCCCGAAAAUCUUAGGUAUUUUAAAAGAAAGCUGUGAAUAUAUUACUCGUAGAGCAGUUAUCCUUUCUAGAGCUUGACAAAUUUCUCGGCAAUAGUUUCUCCUUCCAACAGUUAUUUUACAGACGAAAGUGAUUGGGUGCCCAGACAUCUUUGGACUAUGAUGUAACAACCGAGUCAACAUGAUUUUAUGUAUGAUUUUAUGAGGCAGUGACUGAAAAUUGGUUCAAAUUGGAAAGAAAUUUGGUUAAUAUGGGUAUAAUCUGUCCACAUUUUGACGAGGUACUGCGGCAUUAACCUAAAAGUCUAAUAUCAGCUUUUCAACUAGAAUGUGAGGCUUACCAAGCGAUGAACAAAUGUUCGAAUAAGUUUGAUCAAUCGGACGAUCGCUAAAUCGCGACUUUUGUCUGUCCAGUAUAUAAGCGCAUUGAGGAUAGAAAUGCGCUAUAUAAGAAUCUAUAUUAUUAUUAUUAUUAUUAUUUGAAAUAGCGGACUAUUUUUUUGCUGCGGAUUUUUUUGUGUACUACAUGUAGAUAAUUUGCAACAGCAAAAGAAAAAAACGUUUCGUAACUUAUCAACACAAACAAUAAUCAAAUGGAUAAGUUUUUACAAACAAAAUAUCAAAUUGACGAUAUCAUGGUUGCUGUUUUCAUGCUUGCCAUGUUAACGACUAAAAAUUGUCGAGCACGCAGUAUUAGGUGUACUCGGCUCCAUUUCCGUCGAUUUUCGGACAAUUUUUUUUUUGUUUUCCACCUCGGAAAAAGAAAUCCUACAUACACUUACGUAUCUGCAUUGUUUCCUCUUGUAUCUUUCGCUCUUUCUUGUUGCGCCAGGUUUUAGAGUUGCCCCAGCGCCCCUGUCACUUAGUCUUUACUUAUGAUUUCUCACAAAAGCAGUGACGUUAUUUCUUAAGACGUUAAGCGGAUAUUUAGAAAAUGAAAAGAUUAUCCAACUUUAAUUAUCGGCCGAAAAUUCAACCUUACUAAUGCGAAAAUGCAUAUAUAAAAUUCAGUGUACAAAAAGCUUAACAAAGGGCAAAGGAUGACAGAUGUUUGCUAAGACAACAACACAGUUUACCGCCCAAAUCUUUUAAAGCCCAGAAUGAGUUUAUUGAGCAGCAGAAAGUCCGAUAUCGUACGACGAGAAGCCAUGAAUUUCAGUUCUACCCAAGCCCUGCUGGUUGCGAGGCUGAAAUUCUAUUCGGCAAAAGACUACAUCACCCUCCCCUCUGGCGUAGCUUUUCUGAUCUUCCUCAUUAUCUUUAAUAUCAUCACCUUUCCAAUCACCGCAGUUUUGAGCGCGCUGGUGAUGAUCUCUGUUAAGGCCAAAUCACAACUAAGAGCACACAAGUCGAACAUUUUACUGGCGUUCCUGGCUUUGACAGACUUUACAGUCCGGAUUCUAGUUCAACCCACCUUCGUCGCGGUAUUAAUCAUGUUGUUAUUUAAUGAGCCUCGUGGUUAUUGUGUUCUUCAAGUUCUUAGAUAUGUGAUUAUAGUUAUGGUUAAUGCUUCGCUUUUCCACUUGGUUUUGCUAAGCGGGGAGCGGUACAUAGACAUGAAGCAUACUUUUGGGUACCCCUCUCUCGUCACCGAAGGACGCCUUCUUGUUUCUUGUACAUUGGCGGGAUUCUUGUCUGUACUUCAGACCGUUCUUUUACUCUUCAACGAAACUGUUUUUUGGGCACUAAGGUUGCAUCUAAUACUCUGUCUCUUGUUGCGAUCUUUUUCUGCCAUGUCACGGUUUUUUUGGGCACUAAGGUUGCAUCUAAUACUCUGUCGCAUCUAAAACUCGCCGACAUGAACAGUGAGUUGCAACUCAGCAAGCUACACUAAGGGCAAGGAACGAAUUUGAGAGAAAUAAGAAGGCUGUUAAACUCACAGCAAUAAUCCUAGCUGUAUUAAUGUUGUGUUUAGUACCUUCGAAGAUUGCAGUAAUGUUAUUAAGAUUUACGACUGACACAGCUAAAGAGGCAUUUUUUACGGUGUUCCUUUCUUCUCAAGUCUUAAGUUUCUUAAACUCGCUGCUGAAUCCGAUUAUUUAUGUGGUGAGAAUGAAGCAGUUCAGAGUCGCUUUUAUUGAGUUAUUGUUCAGAACUGUACACACUGUAGACGCUGAAGAAAUUGAGAUGCGACUUUUUGGAGUACCCAAUGCUGUUGUUAGAGUUAACAGAGUAAAAGCUGAACAAGAUCAAAAUGAAAAACCUCAACACGAUGUGAAUGAAGAAAACGUCUAAGAAAGCAAAAACAACAACCGAACAGCAAUGAUUCGUAACACUGAUGUGCUUUCUAUUCUUGCAUCAUUUAUGGCUGUACAUUCUAGGCAAAUUAUUCAAUACCUCUCUUUCCUAAAUUGUAAAAUUUCAGAACCUGGCGGUUCACGUAAUUCAGGGGUGUUUAUUUGAUGAAGCUAAUUACGUUUAACCAGGUAUUGUUAGGUUUGUUGAAAUUUGUAUAUUAUUUCAAACGUCUUGCUUGAAUUAUUGUUCUUAGAUGAUCGGAGUGAUAUAACUCUGGCCAAGAAAUUUAGUAAGAACGUUUUCCGCACCGUGAUUUCUCGUAUUGGCAAAUUUUGUCUUUUUUUUGCCCCCUGAAAUACCACGUGGCAUUGCUUUUAUCCCAUCGACCCUAAAGCGCAUGCAAAAAUGGCGGGUAUGGUCUAUGACUGUUGCAACCCUCCUCUCUGGGUUCAACAUUUGUUAUCUUUGUCAUUAUCGUCAACCUCGUCACCUUCCCAGUGAAAGCAAUUUUGAACGCGUUGGUGAUUAUCUGUAUUAAAGCAAAAUCUGGACUAAUAAGGCACGAGUCGAACAUGGUACUGGCGGUCUUGGCUUUCACAGACCUAAGCAACCGCGAUUUUAGUUCAACUUGCCUUCGCUGCAGUGUUAAGCGGUUACUUUACGAUCCUUAAUAGAUAAUUGCUGAGGCACAUGGCAUUAUGAUAAAUAUUAAAGCCAGCUGAGGCCGAAGAAGUACACUCGGAAAAAGAUAAGUUGGUUGAGAAGGCGCGACGUGAAAAAUAUUCAGUUUCAGCCUAGUGUUUCAACGAAAUUUAACGUGUGUUGCAGCUGCCUGUUCUAAAUUUUAACUUUGACUUGGGCUAAAUUAUGUUUCGGGAACUAAUGCAAUAGUCUUACUGUAGGUAAAGUUCAGUUAUGAAGACGAAUGUAGUGAUCUCAAGAUUUUUAUGCACAUUACAGGUUUCAUCUUACUGAAUAUGGAAAAGCAAUGGCAGAGAAAUUUGGCUUUACGGAUGACAUCGAUGAAAACGGAUGCGUCAUUGCCAAAGUUUACUACCAGCUGCUGAGGAAAACUUCUCGAAAAGGACGGUUAGUGAAAGUGUUUCUUCAUAAGAUAAAGCAACUUCGUCCUCAGGGUCUCUCUUCUUCCCGUCCUGUCCCGUCCCGUCCCGUCCCUCACUCGCUUCAAGGGAUAGAAAGAACAGGACACUGGGAACGAGGCUGCGGAUAGAUUGGUUGGUGAAGCAUGACAUACUGACAGCGUUUUACCGCAGUAACUGUAUAAACUGCACUUUAUGUUUGUUUCAUCCUCCUUCACAUUCUUCUUUUUGUAAAAGAGGCUCUGUCACGAUUUUUGGUUUUGAUUAAAACCCUAAAACACAUUGGAUUUACAGAAAUCCCAAAUAUAAUGGCUCAGUUGUUAGAAAGUAUUCCACCUGCAGUAUAAUUGCUUGUGUUUGUUGUUCGAUAACCAGGAUCUAUAUGGAUAGCAACUUGAGAAAUAAUGGGCUAACUGUUUAACGUGCAACUCUUUUCUUGAUGGAAAGUUGCAAAAACAUUUUGCUUUGUUUUGCCUAUUGGAGAAUUGCAUUAUAAUUUUCUUUUAGAGCUCCUAGUGUGCGGAAAUGUGACUGAGGAUACUUAGGUUUUCUUUCAUCUCAGUCUUGACCCAAAAAUGUGUAACCCACUGUAACUCACCACGACUUAGCCCCUUUAAAGAAAACGCAGGAAUGCAAUUUCUUUUGUCGUGUUCCAUUGAUACUAGGGAGCUUAAACAACCACGAUAAGGACGGCAUCGAGAACAUCAAAAAAGCUAUAGAUUUGAUUAGCCAAACAAUAACUCUGCAUGUGUAUCACGCUUUUUUGCACAUCUUUGAGGCUCGUAGACCAACUACGACGUGAAACUUCUUAAUGUGACGUUUUAUAGAGGACGUGAGCAGAUAAGGACGAAUUUUCUUUUUAAUAGACCAUUUUACAGUUGUGAGCUUAGUAUCCUAGCCUUUGAGUGAACGUGAGGCUGAGGUUGACCUUGUUUUGAUACAAACCUCUUUCCUUUUCUUGUGGAAAUUAUGCUUAAAAAAUACCAGUUUGCAUAAGAACAACAUGAUUUACAUCAUAAAGCACGAACGCUUGUAUCAAAACAAGGUCAACUCCAGCGUCGUUUCCACCUUUAACAGUAAAUAGUCUAUUUCCUUUUUUAGAACACAGAACCGCUACAUUUGACAAAUUGAUAUAGGCUAUAUCAACGAAAGCAUGCAAAUGCAUUUCACCGUGACGUUCUCACUGCCGUCGUCGUAGUAGCAGCGACCUGCUUACGAAACUACGACAGUAACAGUGGCAGUAAACGUCAAAAAAGGCAUUUUUUUAAAUUUUAAUGAUCAAAACAACAUACAGUUCUGCACGUUUAUCACUCUUUUUUGUAAAUUUCUUUUCCGUCCCUGCGCAAUACGUUGUGAAAUGACCAAAUUUUAAUUUUUAUGAAAACGGGAACGGCAAGGCGAUAAAUUUUACUCUGUCUACACCCAGUCGCGGUUCCCUCUGUUCUCAGUGACGUAUCGGAUCGUAGGGUCCCUGGGCCCAGUUGUUCAAAGGCCACUAACCCGGGGUUAAAUUUUCAUCCGGGUUUCCUUUUUUGUUGUUCAAAAGUAUUUUCUCUAUUCUAUUCAGGGCAUCCUCUCAUCAUACUGUAGACCAAGAGAAUUGAACAGAAUUUGCCUUUUUAGCUUUGAUAUCUGCAUUCAAAUUUUGCACUAACCCUGGGUUAUAUUUACCCAGCCCUGAAAAAGCCGGCCCCGGUUGCUAUCCUACAAUUUAUUACACGAACUUGGCGAAGUGAUGCUGGUUUGUGUUUUUCUAGAUCCUCUGCGAACAGCAUUGACGACGGCCGAAGAUGGUGCGGAGGAAGGUAACUAGUAGUUUUAUAGUGCAAUACUGUCAGUGCAUACUGUAAAAUCCAGUCGGGAACCUAGACUUGCUCCUGAGGAAAGAAAUGGGCCCUUACGGUAAAUUGCUAAAUUUUUUUAUUGCAUUGUAAUAGUCCUUGUGCUUGACUACGUCAGACAAGCAAAUUUCACCACCAAGCCUCCUUUGUGAAUAAAAUUAUUUGCAUUUGCACUCUUUGUGCAUAAUUUUUUUUUUUGCAAGAAGUCAGCAGUGGCGGUAUUCUUUCGUGUAACUUGUUCCAUUUGGUUUGGAUAAUUCUCCGUUUGCGUUUCACGCUCUUUUCAAAUAAACUGUUAAUCAAUGGAAUUUUGUUUUUCUAUGUGGAUCGUGCUUCGAAAGUUGAUCUUGUAGGAAUAAGCUUAAGGAGUUUCAGUAUAGCCUUUUUGUGAAUAAUGACAAUUGUAAUUGUUGUGAUAGCUUUCUUGUAGCAUGCAGUGUAAGUGCUUUUUUUUUUUCGUUAUUUAUAGUGAGUCUCACAUGUUUAACAAGUUAGAAAGCAUUGCGCAGUCUGAGGAACCAAGAACACCUGUGUUAGGCUGCAGAAUCAGCAAAUCACUUGAGCCCUCAGCUGUUGGCAGCGAGGUAAGACUCGAUAGUGUCAAAACUGGGAAUGACUCUGAGAAAGAUAAAAGUACGUUUAGGGAGAGUGGUGAAGCAACCGUUAGACAGUUAAAUAAACGGAUAAGUAACCGACCGGCGGAAAACCGUCAUUAAAAAGGAUGGCCCGGGCACUGAGACAGUCCGGCAGACCGGGAUUCGGUAGACCCACCUAUUUAUACUCACCGACCGACAGACAGAUCUACAGACAUUCCAGGACUUAUUGAUGGUUAGAAUUGGUGGUCGACGUUCAAACAUGUGAGGGGAGCAACUGGAUUGUGUCUAGUUCUUACGUUCUAGUUAGAUUCAAUAUGUUAGUGUUUUUUUUUUUUUACCUAUUUUUCUUCGCUAGUUCAUGACAAGUCGAGUUAAUUGGGUUGUUCAAAGCUCUGCGGUGGACUAUCUGCACCUCAUGUUAGUCUGUAUGAAAUGGCUGUUUACUAAGUACAACAUUGACGGGCGUUUCUGUAUCAGCAUACAUGACGAGGUAAGCCUAAUGAAGCGAGAACAGUAGCUGUUUAAGUCAAACAUUUCAAGGCAGCGAAAAUUAGAUGUUCGAGGACAGAACAGAGGGAAGGUAAACAAACAAUGGUUUCAAAACAGAGAGAAAAACGUCAGUGACUCUUGUCUGCAAGAGUGCACCCAAAUUAAACUAAACCAAGAUAAAUUGCCUUGUUACGAAAAACCCUUUAUGGUUCCCUUUAGCCAAUCCAAUUUUAACUUCUGGAUACAAAAUUGGUUUUUGGUUACCAUUGAAUGGACGAGUCAAUCUUGAAUUAUAUGGAUCGGUCGGUGUAGAGUUUGAAAUUAGGCCACAGGAGGGUUAGCCUAGUUUGUAAAACGCUGGUCUGUGGAGCUGGAAGCCGCGGGCUAGAUCCACAGCCUGGCCGAUACUCAAGGUCCUGAGUAUUCAUAAACUUCACUGUUUGUUCACAUAGAUCUCUAGGUACUUGAAUGAACUUCCCAACAGUGGAAAUCCAUCUUGAGACAAAGUACAAUUGUUGGCUACCCUGUUGGUUAUUUAUUUUGCACCGUCAAGGUUUGGUUAUCUGUGUGGGUAUCCUGCAAAUCUGUGGCCACACAUCUUUAAAUCAUCGAUUAGUUUAUCUUGUGCCUUGUUCUUAUCAGGUCGUGUUUUCUGUUUCUUGCGAAUGGAACAGCAUCGUUACAAUUGUGGUACAUAUGUAGUAUCAACAGCAAAUUUAACUAACAGAGGUCAGAAGUUCUGUCGUCUCAAAAGCCCUUCUUGCUCGUGCAAUAUCUGUUGCGUAUGUUGUGCGCAAACUCGAGGACCUAAAUCGGAACAUUGAAUCCUGGAUACUUUACGCAACAUUUUCGCUUAGGUUUAAAUUUUUGUUUGUUACUGCAGGUUCGAUAUCUAGUAUCAAGCAAAGACAAGUACCGCGCGGCUCUGGCACUGCAAAUCACCAAUCUUCUCACAAGAGCAAUGUUCGCACACAAGCUGGGGAUGAACGAUCUUCCUCAAGUAACUAGGCCGAUAUGACGUGACAGUUGUCAUAAACUACUGUAAAGCCCCAACUCAUUCUUUUUGAUCUUUAACCGGUUUCCGCGAAGAAUUACCCCACCCUUCUUUCGCUGUGAGUAGCAAUCUAGAGAUGAUGGCGAUGACGACGACGAUGAUGUUGUGAUCAUGCCCGUAAUGGUAGUGGUGAUGGUGGUAAUUGUGGUGGUGAUGAUGAUAUUAAUAAUGAUGAUGAUGAUAUUAAAUUGUAGUAGUGGUGAUGUUGAUCAACACCAUCUUUACCAUCUUCAUAAUAUUGGACUAAGAUUUAAAAAUUCCAAAGGUUAACCUUUAAGCCUUGUAAGAUCGUUUACUGUCAUUAUCAUCUUCAUGAUCAAUGUCAAAAAAUUAAUGUAGGUUUUUUAUGUGUACCGGUGGCGUUUCUACAAUUUAAAGGUAAUAACUCAGCAACUUUUUUAAACUCCUUUUCUGGUUUUGUGAAAGUUAAUUUUCAAACUUCUCUUGCCUGCGGUUAUUUUGCUUGGUAACAAUGACGCAUCUUUGGAACUAAACAAAAUUAAUAUACGUUUUUUGACUUUUACUAGUGACGUUUCCACAAUGUAAAGGUAGUGCACUCAGAACCUAUAACAAGACUCCUUUGCCGGUUUUGUUAAACCAAAUCUUUCAAGAAUCUCUUGCUUGCGGUUAUUUUGAGUUCCGGGUCAUGUUGCCUUGUAACAAUGACGCAUUUUCAUGGUCGCUUCAUUGCGAUUUAACUGUUUCACUUCCCUAGGUGGUCGUCGUAAAAACUAAGAGAAUAAUUAAAGGUCACUUUAAACGAAAUAUCGAGAAACAAACAACACCAGACGAAACAUCCGUUAAAUAAGUAACUUCCUUUUCAAUGGAAUGUUAAUUAAGUUUCGAACGUAAACUCAAGGUGAACAUGUUUAAAAGAUCGAUAUCGAAUCCUCCCUUUACCUCCUAAAAAGAGAGUUAAGACGCUUUUCUGUUGGCUGCAAGAGUUAGUAAGGUACUAAGGGACCUUUUAAUUAGAUUCAGCGUCUUCUUGUUUCGUUUUGUUUCAGUCAGUCGCAUUCUUUAGUGCUGUUGACAUUGAUACUGUGCUUCGUAAAGAAGUGAACCUGGAUUGCAAAACCCCGUCAAAUCCUCUGGGACUCCACAAGGGACAUGGAAUAUCACCAGGUAUGAAAAACGUUUUUAUUGUUAUACAGUGUUGUUGGUACCGUACCGAUGUUAUUAUUAAACAAUGUUAUUUCUUAUCCUAUCCUACUAUGAUAUUACUUCCCGAACUGUUCAUUUCCUCUUGCUGUGAUAUUUCAGGCCUAUUCAUGUGCUGUUUUGGACAGCUUCGACUUUUUAUUAGAUAUUGAGCAAAAGUGCGCGCGAGGCGCGGAAAAGUGCGUGUAUGUAAGUCACUAUUGGUUCGGGUCAGGAGCCUAUGCGGUAAAAGGCAAUAGAUUAUAAGGCCCUUCAACAAAGUUAUUUGUGCUCCAAGUAAAAUUGAAGAGAGCCCAGCCCCCUGAACCUGUGUAAUACAGGAUUGCCCAGCAUAUGACCACAAGAUCCCAUAUUUCACUCAGAAGCCACCGAGCGCUGCCAGAGAACGGCGCUGUUCAGGCCCCAGUUUCUCAAAAAAUGAACGGUCGUAUCCACUGGAUAAAUCACCAUCCAGUGGAUAAGUACUAGCAAAACCGAUUGCGUUAUCUGCAGGAUAGGGAUUUAUCAAGUGGAUAGCGUUAUCCCCUUAAGAACCACUGGGGCCAGGUAACUAUUCCCCUCUCCCCGCUCCCGUGUAUGCGUUAAAUAGCGUAAUCAAUCUUUAGAACCAAAAUGGGCCUGUUAGCACUCGACCAGUCUGAUUUUUGGAGAAAGUAGCGCGAUAUUUUUAACCAGUCAAAAAGCCUAACUAAAUUGCUCUGGACCACUGGCUUUUGCCUUUCGAUUGAAUACCGUUUUUGUCUGUUUCCUAUUGUUACCAAUGGUAAUUAUCAUUCUUCAGGGGAAGCUUUAGACAUUUACGACAUCCUGAAACUUACUCAUAACGGCAUCCUAGAAGAAGAUACCGAGACCGAACAAGAUCGCGCAAAAGGAGGAAUUUCACAGUCUUCCAAGUGAGCGAUUUAUCACGUGAAUUGAAAUUUUCAUGUUGUAUAAAGGUAAGAGACUUAUUAACCGCCCCCCACCCCACCCCUUUAUGUUAUUUUCCUGUUCACAUCUUUUUGCGCUGUCCCCAACAAUUUCAACGUCUGGAAGAGGCUUUCCCGGGGAGACUCCCAUAUGAAAGGGGCGGGGAUGCUCGUCGGAAAUUUUGAAUUAAACCCCUAAAGGAGACCAAUCUGGGCGUGGCCCAACCUUUUUUUUACCCCUAAAAGAGACCUUUUUAAAAUUUGAUUAUAUGAAUGGAGUAAAUAUAGCGAAUUGAAAUAUGUAGUUUUUUAUAUUUCUUAACUUACAACCCUAAGAGACCUUUACGGCUAAAUAUAAUGGCGUUUUGCCCAGAUACCCUAAGUGAGACCAAAAUCCAAAAUUUACACCCGUAAUCGAAACGACGAGCAUCCCCGCCCCUUUUAUAUGGUAGUCCCCCCCGGGGAGACUACUCCUGUCAGUGACCCAUGACAGGAGGACUUUCGUGCUAACUGAGGUAAACUUGAAAAGUGUGGGGGCGCUUAAUUCUUUUUUAUCUUUACCCAUCGCCUUCUCCCGGUUUCGCGUUUCAGUCGUAAUUGUUUUGUGUUCUUCUGUUUACGGUUAUUAGCGGUUAUUUUGUCACUGUAGACAAUCCAGUUGGUCCGUGAGAUGUGCUGAAAUUGAAAAAAAUCAUGUGAUAGCACAAAAUUAAUAUACAACUAGUGUUUAAUAGCCGCCCGGUGACGCAAGGCUCAAGUAUAUACCAGUUCCCUAAGAGUUAACUGUUUUCUGGUUUUUCUCUGGUGAGUUUUUAUCCCACUAAGCCCGCAAAAAAUUCGUGCCACACGGCUUGCACCGAUGACGGCUGGAAAAUAUGUCAAUAUCCGGGAAUCGUCUUUGAUGGUUAAGUGGAAUGAAUAAUGUAUUUUGAGCCUUGUUCUAUUUCUUAAUUUGCUGCAAGCCUGAAAGGGUGAUUAGUUUGGCACUAGAAUGCUUUGAUUUCUCUUUCCCUUCUACAUCAUUCUUAUUCAUUAACGGAAAGAUAAAGUAGGUUGAGAUAGAUCAAGGUAGAUUAGGGCGGGUGCUGUUAGGGAACUUGAAUACAGUACACAGAAAUCGUCACUAAAAAUCCUAAGAUAAGUACUUUGGAUUAUUCAUGGGCUACUUAGUAACGCAUAUUUUCAUCAAGUUACAUCGUGGCAUCAUGUUUGCCUUUGGUUUAAAUUUCUGUCUUGCUUCUGUCUACUUGAAGUCACUUUUAGAGGUAAUUAUAUUUCUUCUUAUUCCGUUAUACCCUCUUCUAGGCGCGCCCUUCGUAAAAGAGAAGUAUUUUUCAUUGUUCUGGUACGGUCGAGUUAAAUAUACAGAAUUUAGUGGCGCUGUAAUACACAGCCGAAUUUCAGUUAUCGCGGCGUAAUACCAAAGCAGAAUCGAAAUAAACCUGUCAAACACAUUUUGCCCGGAGCAUUCCGGCAUCGCAACUAUCUGAGAUAUCUAUGGUCAUUCUUUGCCACUCAACGCUUAAUUAAAUUGACCUGCUAGAUCAGCAAUAGGCAUUUGUGUUUCGUUAUAAUCGUGUCAAUUGCUUAGUAUCUUCACCGGAAUCGACUAACAAAGAAAAUAUUUUGAAAGAUUUAAUAGCCUUUAUCCUCUUUUUGCAGCUUUUGCACAAAGGACGUUUUUCAGUGUAGAGUAAGUGAUACAAGUUAAGGGACUUUUAUUGGAUUACUGUUUACGUGUCUGCCAAGAAAGUGUAGUACUCAUUCACCUUUGUUCGCGUGAGGAAUUCAACCUGGAUCUUGACGGAGAUUCUAGUCAUGUCGGAGAGAGUUUACAAAAUCGCCCUCUUAGGAAACGAAGGAGUAGGGAAAACAGGUAAGUCAACAAGGUCAUGAAACUUUUUUAUUCCCUAAUCAAUUUGAAAGACAUCCUGGUUUAAGCAAUUGGUGUAAUUUUGCGAAAUAAGGGCUAUAGAAUAACCAGCCACAGAAACAGACUGCUCAAUUUGGGAUUCUUUAUCUUAAGGUCACAAUUCACCGCUUACUCCACAGUCAGAAACUUGAAUUAUAACCGUUGAAUGAUGAGAUUUGAAAACGUUGAAAGCGAAAAUGUCAAUCGUUGAAUGUAUCAGACAAACGGUUUUGCUUAUAUUUUAUGAAGGCUGCAAAGUACGGCGGAUCUGGAGUCUUGCUUCAUUUUCUGCAUCCCGAAACUCGUCCAUGUCAAAAUGGCUGAUAAUAGGAACCGUUUUCCGCGGUUAGGCGAGACAGUAUAGAUUUCGAUUCAGUCUUGUUCCAUAAUGCAUAGCUGUGCUAGAUGUCCAAAGGGCUUCGUGUUUGGAGGUUAAGUUACUGUAACAUAAGUGUCUACUUAAUAGAGUGAAAUGAGGCCGGAAAAAAGGUUGCUGUUUUUCUUCAACACGGCCUGCUUUGGCGAAUUCCUUUUACCUACCACACUUUUUCUUAAUAUAUGAAUUUGAAGUCUAGCUCCACUAAGCUAAAAGGCACACGUCAUCUCAUUUGAAAACAGAUACUUGUCGCUGUAUUGGGUUUUUGUGUUCUGUGCAUGCAAAUGGAUAAGCAUCCAAAAGUGAAACUGAGAGGCUCCCAGACAUAAGUGGAAACAACUGAAAACACAGACGUUCGCUUUUUUAUGGGGCGUAAAAAUAAACGGUGCUUGGAGGGAAGAACACUGAUGAACUUUUGAAGUCAGAACUCCCUUUUAUAAGAAAAUAAGCAACCCCACGGUAUAGCAUCCCACUCCGUGGCUUGCUUUUGAGUUAGACUAUAUAAGUACAGAAAAUGGUUUGAACUUGAUUGCAUUUCUUCAUCCCUCCUCCCGGGCACACGAGUGAUGUCGUAAAAGUUCUUAAAAUUAAACGAGCCUUGGCGCAAUUUGAAAACUUUCAAAAGUUUACGCCAGUGGCCAUUUAACAUUCAGUCAGAAACGAGGGACGUUUUUAUUAAAGGUAGCAAUUCUAGCGCCUUUGUCCAGUGUCUGUCGAUGGCGGACUAAGGUUAGCUUCACCACCAUUGAUCAUUCGAAAUUGGCCCCGCAUAUAGUCUGCGAUGCAUGGUUUUGGAAACAAUCCAAAAAAAAAGAAAGAGACAACUCAUAGCACAAAGGGGUCACAUUGAUUAGGCGGCGUCUUGUAUAGCAAACACCAUCAAACAAUAAUCAAGUACUUUGUGAAUAUCCGCACAAGUUUUGAUGAUUGCAUUUAUCUUGCUAUCUAUCAGGCGAUAACCUUUAAAGGUUUAUUUUUGUUUGAUGUGGUUUUAUUUAUAGCUAAUCAAGUUUCUUUAAGUCACGUCCUGACCUUUCUACCGCAAAGUAAUAAUGUGAGAAGAAAAUAAGGAAAACUGAAAUAGCGCCCUAGCUAUUCACUUUUUUGCGGAAAUAUAAUAGAGGUAUUUGGGCAUGUAUUUCAAUGUGUAACAUCAUUGAAGAAUUACGCAAUGAUAUGGAAGAAAUUUCAGAUAAUGAUUAUUGUGCUACUCUAGUCAGUUCUUUUUUUAAAGUGCUUUACACGCACGAAAAACGACGCAUUCAGCCGCAGCCAUUUGCUCAAAAUGUACUACAACAUACUAGCUUCAUAGCGUUGCACCUGCUUUUGAGAGGAAAUCCUUAGUGUCCUAAUUCAAAUAGGGUAAAUUAGUUCCGUUUGCUUACUCUACCAUCUUCAGUUUUCUAAUGCGCAUCAACGAUGGCUCAAUGUAACGUUUUUUGUUUCCGUUUGUUUUUCAGUUUGUUUAUUGUCGGUGUGCUCCGGAACCUUUGAUAUAGACUGUUAAACAGUCUCGGCUUUUCAGUAUAAAGGCAGCCGCUCCAGAUAAUGUAAUUUGUCUACGACAACUCUUGCGUUCCUUCCUAUUAACCACCAUUUCUCGCGAGAACAAAGAUAUUUUUCUCACAUUCCUGAAAACUGACCUUAACAAGGACAUCGAGUCAUCGGAUGUUGUCAUUGUUCGGCAAAGUUACAUUUUACUGAUUAGGGUCACCUAUAAAUAAAUUUCCGCCUAAACAAGAUGCAAAAGAUACGCCCUUAAAUUUUCUUCACUCACCUUUGGCUGAUAAUUAGAAAAGAAGAAGGAAGGAUUGAAAAUUUAAUAUAUGCGUAUACUAGAACAUUCACAAAACAAAGCAUCUUUGUCAUGUCUUUGAUUCGAACGGACUACGUUCCGGAAUGGCGCAUAAGUGCGCAUGCUCAAAGUGUAUUGGCCGCUGGCCAAAAACACCACAACUCCUCCCCACUAGCUAGUGCAUGCAAUAUGGUAACUAAUAAGGAACUAAAACGUUAAGUCAAACACAACACGCCUAUUGAAAUAAGCACAGUCUUAAUGUCACUUCAAAGUUCAUAAAUCCAGCCUAGCUGGGGGCUUCCGCACUCGGACCGGGUAUCGUCUAACAGGAACAGGUUCACUCAAAUUUGGUGGACUGCUGGCUGCAGGGUCAGCCACUGGACUUGGUGGCAGAACAUCAGUCUCCAUUUCGCUGGCUGCUGGCUGCUCACUGGCUACAGACACUGGGUCCUCACGACUCUCAACCUGGAUUGGAAGAUCUGAGGUCUGGGUAACAGGGUUGCUGCUUGGUGUUACUGGAAUGCUGGUAUCCCUCAGUUGGUCUGUGUGUCGACGCCACACUAAGCCAGGUUUGACUUCUACUUCGUAAGAAAGGGGGCCAAGUUGUGUGCGGAUGAUGCCAGGUACCCACUUUGUACUACCAGUGUAAUUUCGUGCUAUCACUGUCUGACCGAUGGAGAAUUCUCUGGUUACAGCACCACCCUUCGUGACGGUUUGGUCUAUCUGACGGUUGCUUAUCUUCAAGCGGAGAUCUGGUUUCAGCAAGUCCAGUCGAGUGCGUAAUCGUCUUCCCAAAAAUAGCUGAGAUGGCGCUUCUCCAGUGGUUGAAUGGGGGGUAUUUCUGUAAGCUAGCAAGAACGUUGCCAGCUUAAUGCUCAGAGGUUUUACUUCCGUUUCACUUUUCAUGGCUGAUUUGAAACUCUGCACACAGCGUUCGGCUAGACCAUUGGUGGCAGGGUGGUAUGGAGCAGAUGUCAGAUGUUUGAUUCCAUUUCUCUUGAGGAACAUCUGAAACUCUUCAGAUUUGAACUGUGGCCCAUUGUCACUCACUAACUGGGAUGGCACACCAUAUCUAGCAAAUAAGCUUUGCAGUUUCUCGAUGGUUUUGGUUGAGGUCGUGGUGUCCAUUUUCUCUAUUUCCAACCAUCUAGAAUGGGCAUCCACGACAAUUAAAAACAUGCAGCCGAGGAAAGGUCCGGCAAAAUCAAUAUGGAUUCGCUGCCAGGGUGACGAUGGCCAUUCCCAAGGAUGUACAGGUGCGGUACUAGGUUCAGCCUGCAUUAGCUGGCAACCCGAGCAAGUCUUCGCGGUUUCCUCAAUUUCCUUGUCGAUCCCUGGCCACCAGAUGUAGCUUCGCGCUAGGGCCUUCAUCUUCACCACUCCAAGAUGUCCUUGAUGGAGUUCUUCAAGCACUUGUGGACGAAGUUUUGGAGGUACUAUGACUCUGAUUCCCCACAUCAAACAGCCUGAGUGUACUGUUAUCUCAUCCCUGCGAGCGUAGAAGGGGUCCAGUACAGGAACAUGGCUGCUUAGCCAUCCUUUAGUCACCAUCUCAUGGACUUGACUCAAGACAGGGUCCCUUUGGGUUUCUCUUCGGACAUUGUCAACUGUGAUGGGUAACGGCUCAAACUGCAUCAUAUUGAAAACAUUUACUGGAUCCACAACUUCUUCUGCUCUCUCUUCGGUUUUAAGUGGCAGCCGGGAAAGGCCAUCUGCAUUGCUAUGCACUUUAGUGUUCUUGUACUCGAUUUGGUAGUCAUAUCCUGCCAAGAAUAAUGCAUAGCGCUGAAGCCGGGCUGCCGUAACCACUGGAAUGCUCUUGUGUGGGUGGAAGAUGGAUGUUAACGGCUGAUGAUCAGUAUACAGGGUGAAAGAUCGGCCAAACAAAUACACAUGGAAUUUCUUGACUCCCCAGAUUAUUGCCAAAGCUUCUUUGUCAAUUUGCGCGUACCCUUGCUCAGUUUUUGUUAGUGUCCUGGAAGCAAAAGCAAUGGGUCGCUCAGUCCCAUCAUUCAUCACGUGGGAUAGCACGGCACCAAUUCCCACAGGGGAUGCAUCACAAGCAAGCCUCAGUGGCAGACUGGGAUCAUAGUGUGUUAAUACUUGCUCUGAGGUGAUCAUUUCUUUCACGUUGUAGAAUGCGGUUUCGCAUUGUUCCGUCCAUUUCCAUUGAUGGUUGUUCUCUAACAACUGGUUCAAAGGGUGUACCACUGUGGACAGAUUGGGUAAGAAUCUGUUGUAGUAAUUAACUAACCCCAGGAACGACCUCAGUUCAGCUACAUUGCUUGGGCGAGGCGCUUUCAAAACUGCUUCCACUUUCUCUGGUGACUUGUGGAGACCAUGACUGUCAAUAUCAUGUCCACAGAAGGUUAUCUUCUCUUUGAAAAACUCGCACUUUGUCUUGUUUGCUCUUAAACCAUGAGCCUGUAAGCGACGUAAAACUUCUUCUAGGUUGGCAAGGUGCUCAUCAUCAUUCUUUCCAGUGAUGAUCAUAUCAUCAAGGAUACAGCUUGUUCCAGACGUCCCUUCUAACACUUGAUCAAUGGUGCGCUGCCAGAUAGCAGGUGCAGAGGUGAUACCAAACACUAGUCGGUUGUACUGGAACAGUCCCAUAUGGGUGUUGAUUGUGAGGUAUUUCUUUGAAUCGUCUUCCAUCUCUAUUUGGUGAUAUGCUUGGCGGAGGUCGAUCUUUGAGAAUUUCUGCCCACCAGCAAGGUUUGCAAAGAUGUCUUCAAUGCGAGGAAGAGGGUACUGCUCUGCUUGUAGUUCUGGAUUCACUGUGAUCUUGUAAUCACCACAAAGUCUGACGGAACCAUCUUUCUUGGGGACAGGCACAAUCGGUGUGGCCCAUUCACUCCACUCCACUUUAGUGAGAAUGCCUUCAUUCUGGAGUCUCCGCAGUUCCUCCUCCACCUUCGGCUUUAAUGCAUACGGCAUCGGUCUGGCCUUGAGAAAGCGUGCUUGGCUGUCGUCUUUAAGAGUUAACUUCGCUUUGGCUGAUGUAAAGGUGCCCAGUUUAUUUUCAAAAACAUCAGAGAACUUGUCUAGCAUAACGUCCAAACGCUCUUUAGGACUUGAGGUAGCUAGUGAAGCCUGCAGCGACUUGAUAGAACACCAGUCAAGGUGUAUGGUACGUAGCCAAUCUCUUCCCAUUAGAACAGGACCCUUAUUCUUGACGACAUACAGGUCCAGCACCUCUCUUUGGUUUUGGUAAUCCACGGGUACUUUGAGCACUCCUACUGGCAUAAUGUUUUCCCCGGUGUAGGUUUUCAAGGACAGUCCAGUUUUGUGCAGGGGAAGCCUGUUAAAUUUCUGCUGGUAGAGGUCAAAUGAGAUGAUAGACACAGCCGAACCUGUGUCCAGUUCCAUCUUAAGUGGUUUACCAUCAACAUCCAAAUCAACCCAGAUAAUAUCAUUGCUCUGUUUCCGCACAUUGUGUACCUCGAAGGUGGCUAAUAUGUCUUCAUAUGCAUCAACAUUAACAUCAACCUCAACAGCAUGUACCUCUGGGGUUUUGGUUGCUUGCUUAGGCUUGCCUUGCUGUUUGGAACGACAAACUCGCUGGAUAUGGCCCUGUUUUCCACAGUGGUGGCAGAUCUGGUCCUUGUAAAAACAAUUGUGUGUCAUAUGUGUGUUCCCACCACAGCGGUAGCAAGGGGGGGUGGUCGCCGGUUUCGCUGGGGUUGGUUUGUUGUGUUCAGUCAACUUGUCAACGUGAGGGACUGGGUUGGGGUUGAGCUCACUUUGUAAUUCUGAAGCAUCGCGGAUGGCAGUUUCCAUUGCUACAGCAAUCUCCACAGCUUUGGAAUACUUCAGUUUGGCUUCUGACAGUAAUCGCCUUUGGAUCUGCAUAUUUCGAAGUCCACAGACCAGUCUAUCUCGUAGCGCUUCGUUCAGAUUCCCGCCAAAAUUGCAGUGGGUCGCAAGCUUCCUUAGUUCGGCCACGUAAGACAAAAUGCUUUCUCCUUCAUGUUGGUUUCUCUUGUAGAAACGAAAUCUUUCCGCAAUUUCCAAGGGCUUUGGGUUCAAAUGCUCCUGGAGAGUGGUAACUAUCUGUUGAAAGGACUUUGUAGCUGGCUUCUCCGGUGCAAGAAGAUCCCUCAGCAGAGUGUAGGUUUUCCCGCCGAUCAAGCUCAACAAAGUUGGCACUUUAUGGUCAUCAUCAAUGUCGUUCGCCAAGAAAAACUGUUCUACUCGUUCCACAUAGGUUUCCCAGUUCUCUUUUGUGUCAUCAAAACUCUCUAUCUUCCCAAUAGUGGUCAUAAUUACUUGAAUUUUACCUCGUCGCCACUGUCAUGUCUUUGAUUCGAACGGACUACGUUCCGGAAUGGCGCAUAAGUGCGCAUGCUCAAAGUGUAUUGGCCGCUGGCCAAAAACACCACAAUCUUUGUCAGGGCUUUCCACAAAUCUGUGGUGUAGUGAAAGUUAUGUAAUGUACACGCUAGCCUCAACGAAAAGAAAAGCUUAGAGUUCGCAAUAAGCUCUGCUUUCAGGAGGUUAUAUCGGCACUGUUGCAUGGACGAUUUUUCUAAAGUUGCGGGCCCUGCUCGAGUAUAAGCUUACCAUUGACCAGAAGUUCAACGGAUUUAAAUUAAAUCCAACGAGUCCUCUGUAAGUAAAUAUUCCUAGAAUUCCAAAUCAGUUUUUGAUUCCUUGUAAUGAGUUGAGUGCUUCAGUCCUUCACAGGCUGCAGGAACAACAGUAUUUUUCUCAAAUAAAACCGUAACAUGUGCGAAAGAGUCUUGCACUAUACGCAGGCAGAUGUCAAAAUUUAGGGAAAACGUUUUUAACUAGAAUGGUAAAACAGGAUCUGUUGUCUCAAUAAAGUGUAAUGAUACUCUUCUGGCCCCAGUUGGUCAAAAGCUGGAUAGUGCUAUCCACCAGUUAAAUCACUAUCCAACGGAUAAGUGUUAGGGAAACCAAUUGCGCCAUCCAGUGGAUAGUGAUUUAUCCGGUGGAUAACGUUAUCCACCUUUUGAACAACUGGGGCCUGAUGUUCGGAGAGUAUGACCUCUUUAGAAAGGUAUACGUGCGUACUUCUAAUCUUAGCACAGCGCAAAAAAAAAUUAUCACGAUACAACCCUUAACAAUAGUGGUUUUAUUUCUUGCAGCGUUGCUGGUUCGUUUUCUUUGUCACCGUUUUAUUGGAGAAUAUGACCCAACAAUUGGUUAGUAUUGCGUUAUCUUUUCACAAUCUGUUUGUCCUUUACCUACUUAGACAUCCGAGGGGGGUACUCCGGAUUUCUCGAGACGUGGAUGAUCGAAUGGAGGCAAAAAUAUAAACCAGGAGCCUAUGGGCUCCUGUCAAAUCCCCAAAAAACCCCUAGGGCUUCCAACAAAACCCAAAUGGACCAAAAAAUAACCCCCAAAAAAUACCAUGCCGAAUUUCCGAGCCUUAAAAAUUCACAUAAAGUUGAAAAAGUUAGGGCGUACUUUAUUCGCAGGACUAAGUGGCCGGGAUAUGCGGGUACUACCACCAAUCUUCAGAUUGUGUUGAAUACCCAAAAAAUCCCCUCUUAAAUCAAGCCACCAAAAAAAUACCUGCCAAAUUUUCCUACCUCAAAAAAUCCCGGAAUCGAAAAUUUCAAACCCAGAAAAAUCCUUCGAUCAUCCCCGUCACUUUAAAUCCGGAGUACCGUCCCAACAACCCCCCCCCACCUUCCCCCCAAUGGUCAACUGGAAAAACGGUCAAAAGGCAUCAAAAUUAAAACAAUGACCUAAAAUAUCGCAGGCGCCUGUUUUUGAAGCAUGCGCAUAAAGUUCAUCCUACAUCAAAACGUGCAAUUCUAUCGUUUACAAGCAAUUUUUUACAAGCGUUGAUAAGAUGGAGGCAAUUUUAGUGAAUGUAUGAAAGGUCGCCCGUAAACGUAAAAAUUGAGUGAGGAUCAACUUAUUUGAGCGAGGUUCAACUUCAACGUAUUCACGCCACCGCUCGCCACAAUGCCUUUUAUUCAUUUACGCACGUAAAAGAUUACGCGACGGUGGAAAUUCACUCCAAGUGCCUUACUCUGUCAAUAAUAGUAAACUUACGCAACAGGACGAGAGAGCAUUGAAGACUGGCAAACCUUGUGUGACAAGCGUGACAAUAAUUUUGUUUAAAAAAAAUUGCCUCAAACUUCAUCUUCCUUAAAAACAGAUCUUUUUGUAAAAGACCAACAAACAUUGUUAUUUAGUGAAGAUUACGACAAUUCAAAGUAGACAGACUGCAAAUUAUAUAUCUACGUGCAAAUAAUAGCCCUGUCACGUUUGUCACACACAAGCGUUUUGCUGUCCUCUUGUUUUUGCCGGCGUCCUGUUGCGUAAACUCAGCAAUAGCAGAUAUCGUUGUUUAGGAUUAGUCGUUGUUUUUGUUGUUUUGCGCCUGGUUAUGUCCUUUAUCUCCUUUUUGGGUUGAAUUUUGAACACUUUUGAACUUUUUCGAGUUUUAAUGUUUCGUCUAUUCUGAAAAAAAAAAUCGCCAAAAAUGUUAUGCUCAGUGCUCAGUACGAGCGUCAGGUAGAGCAUACAAGCCCAGUGUUACUGAAAUUUACAGUGUUUUAUGACAGCCCGAGAGAGGGCAGACAACAGUUAACGAAUAAAUUGGAAUGUUGAUAUUCCAGCCGAGUGUAAAUCAUACCACAGAUAAGACUUUGAAAUGAUAUAUCUUCCAUUCGUUUAUUCCUUUUUUUCGGUUCUUUCUAGAGGAUUGCUAUCGCCGUACAGUGAUAGUAGAUGGCGAGGAAGUCACUAUUGACGUCCUAGACACAGCUUGUAGAGUAAGUUAACACGCAGAGGUCGUCGUGACCUUUACCAGGUUUUAGCCCUUUAAGCCCUAAGAGUGAUCAGCAUCAAAUUUCUCCUUGUAAUAUCACUGCUUUGUAAAACAGAGUGGUCAUGAGAAUUAAGGACAUGAUCACACAAGAUGAAUCUAAUUGAUACUUCAACAAAUUCUCCCCCGAUACUUCUAUUGAAAACGUAAUAGGGAUAACUAAUGAGAAUUAGUUAGUUAGGGUUUAAAGGGUUACGUGGAUUUAAGCUUUGUCCACACGCAUGUUUAAUUUUCCGUCCACGCUUAUCGCGUAUUCUUUUGCGAGCCAUUUCGAAUAGGCGAUUUGCACAUGACGUCUUUGGCGGACUACUACAACCACAAUCCUUCAGGGUGUUGCUUUCUUGUUUUACACAUUACAUAUGAAAGGAAAAACGAAAUGAAUUCUGCUAGUAGUUGUAAAGGUAUCCGGUCACUUCGUUCCAUGGUCAGAUCGUUCCAAGCCAGAUCAUUCCACUUAAUAGUCAUAUCGUUCCACAAUAUAGUCAGAACCUUUGACGAGUCUUUAAGCCACGAGCAAAAACAAGGGCGCUACUCCUGUGUAUACCUCGUUCUUUAAGCCAGAAGCCAAAAAAAGCGCGCUUCGCGUCGAGUUUUACACUAUAACUAUGGAACGAUUCGACCAUGAAAUGGAACAAUCUGACUUGGAAGCGAUCUGAGCAUGGAGCGAAGUGACCGUAAAACCGGAAGGUCGUUGAUAAAUAGAAGGAAGAGGACAGGACCCAAAACUGAGCCCUGAGGAACUGCAGAUCUCAAUACUUCAGUAUCAGAUAAGGUUCCUUUAAUGUUGGAACACUGUCGACGGUCUGACAAGUAGCUCUUGAGCCACAGUAAGGCUGACGAGGAGCAACCAUAUAUUUGUAGUUUGGUUACUAGCAGGUCAAGAUUUACAACAUUGAAGGCUUUGCGUAGAUCUAAAAAUAUCGCACCAGUGUAUAAGCCUUGAUCCAUUGCCUCAAACCAGUCAUCAGUCAUUUUAGCGCUGACAAAUCCUAUUAGCGUACUUACAUGUGGACAACAGGCCAUUUGCAUGGUGGCAUCAUUUUACUGCUACGUUUUUUACAAGUUUUUUCUUUCCGCUUUCAGAAUUCAACAUCUAAACUGAGGGAAAAUUUCCUGAGCACGGGAGACGGUUUUAUCGUGAUAUAUUCAAUAGCGGAUAGAAAGAGCUACAUCACAGUUCCACGCUACAAGGAGAUGAUCGAAGAGUCACGAGACCGGGCCGAUCAGGAACCAGUGCCCUUUCUGCUGAUCGGAAACAAAACUGACUUGGAAGAACACCGCACCGUGGCGAAAAGCGAAGGACAGACUUUAGCCAAUCGAUACGAAUGGUUAUUUGGUGAAACGUCUGCGGCUGAUUAUGACGGCGUGGAUAAAUCCUUUUGUGAUUUAAUUCGUGAAAUACGAGCGCGAAGGCGCAAAAUGAGUCCGCCUGACUUUCCGACACGUGUGUUGGUCAAUCUCUGUCGAUCUAGCGGCAGUGAUAUUGACAGUCAAACGGAUGAGAGCGCAUCAGAAUUGAAAAAGACACGCCGAACCGUCAAAAAGAAACUUAGUGACUCCAGUAUUAAUUAUAAGAAAAAGCUGUUUGGUGUAUGGCAUUGACUCCUCCUUCAAGUGUCCCUGUGAAAUCCAAAACACGACAAAGAACGAAGAAUUCCCUUUUGUAAAUUAAAACAAACAUUACUACAUAAGGAAGUUAUACUCGAUAGCUUUUGUUUGAAUGGCGUCACCGAUGAAAUACGAGGCAGGAAUCGUUACCU